GGUUAGUUCCCGUGACAACGCGGAAGCGGCCCAUUCAACCUGCAUUCCCUCGGAGCCCCCGUGCGCGCGUUCAAGCCCGGCGCGGCCAUGAGGAGUGCUUGAUUCCUCCAGCAUUUCCCUCCAGCAGAGCUUUUCCUUCCUCAGGCGAGCGAUGGCCAGCCAGAAGCCCGGCGCGGCGGACGGCGAGGCCCCGAAGCUGCAGUUCCUGCCCUUCAGCAGCGCCUUGGACGCCGGCUUCUGGCACGAACUGACCCAGAAGAAGCUCAACGAGUACAAACUGGACGAGACCCCGAAGCCCAUCCGGGGAUAUUACUAUAACGGAGAUCCUGUUGGCAUGCCAGCUCGUUUAACACUAGAAUUCAGUGCUUUUGAUAUGAAUGCCCCAACACCAGCCCACUGCUGCCCUGCUCUUGGAACGCUGUAUAACACAAAUACUUUGGAAUCUUUCAAAUCCUGUGAUAAGAAGUUUCUUCUUGAUCAAGCAGCAAUUGAGAUAUGGAAUGCAAUAAUAUCAGGAGAUGCUGUUGAAAAUCCCGUCUUACUGAACAAAUUUCUCCUGUUGACAUUUGCGGAUCUGAAGAGGUACCGUUUCUAUUACUGGUUUUGUUACCCUGCAUUAUGUCUCCCAGAAGGUAUCACCUUGAUUCAGCCACCUGUGUGCCUUGGGGCAAAGUUCUCUCCAGCUCAGAUUCAAGCACUCCAGGAUGAGUAUGAUAAGCUUUGCCAGAAAGAAGGUCUCACAGCAUUGCCUUAUUUUUUAAUCAAGUAUCAUGAGGAUUCUGUUUCUAUAUCCUUGCUUAAAAACUUGGAGAAUUUCUUCCCUGAUCCAAGAGAGAAGGUGACAAUUGGUGUCUAUGACCCCUGUAAUUUUACUCAAUAUCCAGGUUGGCCAUUAAGAAAUCUAUUGGUCCUGGCAGCACACAGAUGGGGCCACCGACUCCGUUUGGUUGAAGUGCUGUGCUUCAGAGAUAGGACCAUGCAGGGCGCAAGAGACAUCUCGCACAGCACCAUUUUUGAAAUAAAGCUUCCCCAGAUGACCCAGAGUUCAGCAGAUUGUCCGAAAGCUGUUGGAUGGGAGAAAAAUCAAAAAGGAAGCAUGGGCCCAAGAAUGGUCAAUCUAAGUGAAUGUAUGGACCCAAAGAGGUUAGCAGAAUCAUCUGUAGACCUUAAUCUUAAAUUGAUGUGUUGGCGGCUGGUGCCUACCCUUGACUUGGAAAAAGUUGUGUCCGUGAAGUGUCUUCUCCUAGGAGCUGGUACGCUGGGUUGUAGUGUAGCCAGAACCUUGAUGGGAUGGGGAGUCAGGAAGAUCACCUUUGUAGAUAAUGCCAAGAUCUCUUAUUCCAACCCUGUACGGCAGCCGCUCUAUGAGUUUGAAGAUUGUCUUGGAGGUGGAAAAUCCAAAGCACUUGCAGCUGCGGAUAGACUUCAGAAAAUAUUCCCCGGAGUGAAUGCUGAAGGGUUUAAUAUGAGUAUCCCAAUGCCAGGUCACCCAGUGAAUUUUUCUGAAGUUACAUUGCAACAGGCUUGCAAAGAUGUAGCACAACUGGAAGAGCUUAUUGAUGCCCAUGAUAUCAUCUUUUUGUUAAUGGACACCAGGGAAAGUCGAUGGCUUCCUGCUGUUAUUGCAGCCAGUAAAAGAAAGCUGGUCAUCAAUGCUGCUUUGGGGUUUGACACAUUUGUUGUAAUGAGACAUGGAUUAAAGAAACCAAAGCAUCAAGAGGUGGGCGAUUCUCCUUGUAACAAUCCCUGUGGCUCAACUGAUCUUUUGGGAUCAUCACUCUUCUCAAAUAUUCCUGGUUACAAACUUGGUUGUUACUUCUGCAAUGAUGUCGUUGCACCAGGAGAUUCCACCAGGGACCGAACAUUAGAUCAGCAAUGCACAGUGAGUAGACCAGGAUUAGCUAUGACCGCCGGAGCACUUGCUGUAGAGUUAAUGGUGUCCAUUUUACAGCACCCAGAAGGGGGCUAUGCUGUUGCAAGUAGUAGUGAUGACAGAAUGAAUGAACCUCCCACCUCACUUGGGCUUGUGCCUCACCAGAUUCGAGGCUUCUUAUCAAGAUUUGACAAUGUCCUUCCUGUCAGCCUGGCUUUCGACAAGUGCACUGCCUGUUCUCCCAAAGUUCUUGAGCAAUAUGAAAGAGAAGGCUUCAACUUCCUAGCAAAGGUUUUUAAUUCCUCCCAUUCCUUCUUGGAAGAUCUCACAGGUCUGACUCUGUUGCACCAGGAGACCCAAGCUGCUGAGGCAACUACCUUUCAUUGUAAUUGCUACACAAUGUUUAAGGAUGACUGCUGUAUUCAUCAAAUUAAAAUGCAAAUUAAUUUCCCCCUUUUCUUUGCAAUUGACAAUUUAGAUUAAUAUUUUACACUACAUUUGAACAUUUGAACUUUUUUGAUAACUCUCUAUCUCAGUUGUGGCAGAUUAUCUCAGUUUUGUACUUUAGGACUGUCAUAAAGAUGAACACAUCAAUAAUUUCCAUAUCAAUUCUUUAGUACUGCAUUCUUUUCCUCAAUGGUUAUGCAUCUAAUAGUAUAUAUGUACAGAUAACUCAUGCAUGUAGUUUAUUGAUGUUUGAAGUGAACAAGUUUUCUGGUUCCCCACCAUCCCCUGUUCUUGAUCACCUUAUCCCCUUUUCUCACUCAAUGCAUAGUAGGUAGGAAGAGUUCAUUUCACCUUAAAUAUUUUGUGGGAUGGUAAUGCUGCAUCUUUAUUGCAUUAGAGUGGCUUGUGCUGUUUUAAUAACCUUUUUAAUAGUAAUUUUAAUCUUUCACAAGAGCUUAUGGGCAAAGUAUGUGCAGGCAGGGAAACAAUUUCAGAAUUAUUUUCACUUGUUUAUCAUUUAUCUCACCGAAUCUGUUUAAAACACAUUUUAGUAAGUAGCCAGUACCCAAGAGAGACAGAAGGGCAUCUUUUGAAUGAAAAUAUUUUAUUUAUUAAUAAACAUAAGUACAUCUUGAAUUUACUUUGCAUCAUUAUGUAGAACAAUUGUGUAGAUGUCCUGCCCAAGCACCAAUGAGAAGACUAAUUUUAUUCUAACUUCUUCAAAUAUUGUGGCUCUUUUUUCAAUUUGGCAGUCUUCCUUCAUGAGAAAAGAACCCCAUAAAAUCAAACAGAAUCUUCAAAAUAACCUACAAACUUUUGACAAAAACUUUAAUAUGAUAUAUUAGACAUAAGGCAUACAUGUAAUACAGGGUCUUAAAUUGUUCUAUGAGUGUCUUAAAAACACAGCAUUGAAAAGUACUGGGAAGUGUUUGUGGGCUUUUCAUAUGUAGAAGAAUACUACAACAAGGUCUUGGUAGCUUCUGAAGUUUGGUUCUAAGACCCUCCUUAGGCAUCAGAAUAUAUGGAUGCCCAUGCCAUUAGAUACAAUGGUGUACUAAAACAGUGUCCCUUAUAUAAAAUGGCAAACAUUUUUGGAAUGUUUACUUUAUUUAAUAUUUUCAUGCCAUGGAUGCCUAAAUCUAUAGAUACGGAAUCUGUGGUUAUAGAAGGCUAUAUUUAUAUCGUCGCCGUCUCACUCGUUCAGUCAUCUCCUACUCUUCGUAACCUCAUGGACCAGUCCACGCCAGAGCUCCCUAUCGGCUGUCCCCGCCCCCAGUUCCUUCAAGGUCAGCCCAGUCACUUCAAGGAUACCGUCCAUCCAUCUCGCCCUUGGUCGGCCUCUCUUCCUUUUUCCUUCCAUUUUCCCCAGCAUCGUGAUCUUCUCCAAGCUUUCCUGUCUCCUCAUGAUGUGGCCAAAAUACUUCAGCUUUGCUUCUAAUAUCCUUCCCUCCAGUGAGCAGCCGGGUAUUAUUUCCUGGAGGAUGGACUAGUUGGAUCUUCUUGCGGUCCAAGGCACUCUCAGGAUUUUCCUCCAGCACCAGAGUUCAAAAGCAUCUAUCUUCCUUCGCUCGGCCUUCCUUAUGGUCCAGCUCUCGCAUCCAUAGGUUACUAUGGGGAAUACCAUUGCUUUGACUAUGCGGACCUUCGUUGCCAGUAUGAUGUCUCUGCUCUUCACUAUUUUGUCAAGGUUGGCCAUUGCUCUCCUCCCAAGAAGUAGAUGUCUUCUGAUUUCCUGGCUGCAGUCUGCAUCUGCAGUGAUCUUUGCGCCUAGAAAUACAAAGUCUGUCACUGUCUCCACGUUUUCUCCCUCUAUUUAUGUGGUUACAGUAGCUGGUGCCAAAAUUUUUCUGUCAUUAGGAUACUGAGGCGUUUUGCAUUGUCUGGAUAAGUGAUUUUUUUUGGAUCAGUGAUUAUUCUUACACUUUCAGGAAAGUGCCCAAAAUUAAUUUUAUGGCUUGACAGACUGCUUACCUUGAUGAAAUAUUUCUUCAUCUCAGCUCAAUGGACAAGUGACUGCUUGCACAGCUCAUCAUAGGAACUUGCAGGCACAUCCCUGAUCUCUUAAGGUCACCAGAUUUUGGGAAAUGAAAAUUCAGCAUAUAUGUUUUGCAAAUCUACAGCUAAUCCUCCCGUUGCCUUUCUCUCUCUGGAUUAUUUAUGGGUAAUUAACUUUUCAGCUUGACUUUGGUUGACUUUUAAUUUGACAUAAGAAACUGAUCAAAGCAUAUACAUUGGAGUAUGAUAGAGGAAGGUAUGGCUCUGGCAGAUGUUCUGUUGUUGGAUUUAAGCACCCAAAGAGUUGAGGUUUUAUCAAAACUAGUCUCUAUGUCAAAUAUGUCAAAUGCAAGGCCCACAGGCCAAAUCUGGACCACUACGUGAUUUUAUGUGGCUCGUGAGACUUUCAGUUCUAGGGCAACAUAGUUACAUUUAUACAUUCUUACAAUUAUAACCGACCCUUUGAAGGCUGAUGGAGCCCUUAGUGAAAAUGAGUUUGACACCUCUGCUCUUUGUUAUCUGUUGUAUGUACAAUUUGUAGUAUUGUAUACCUUCAAAUCAUAGCAAACCUAUGGUCGCUCAUUCAAGUGCUGAUACUUUGUCAGAUGCCAAAUGAUGCCUGGUGGUAAAACCAGCCAUAAAUGACUUAGGUGUAUUUUUCUAUUUUAUUAUCAGACGUAUAAUGGUACUGUCACAUGGAAGCUUCAGUAUUUCAGUCUGAUUUCGAAAAAGUAGUUUCAUUAGCAUUCAUGUUGAAGUCUGACAUUUUUGUUACAGGAAAUUGGUUUGGAGUUAUAUCCAGAGAGCCAUUAUUAGAGUGCAAUUUUUCUUCUCAAAAUAUGGGUAACCACAGUUGUUUUCCUCUGUCUUAUGACUCAAUAACUGAAUGUUAAGCUACAAGGCUUGUUGUGUAAGAAAUGUUACCUUCCCUGAGGGAAAAAAUGGGUCUGGUUUUAAACAUCAACCAAUUGUUCUCCCCAGAUGUGUGGGAGAGAACUAAAUGCUUUGCAACAAUCAGUUUCAUUAUCUUAAAAGCCAAUGAAUAAGACAACACAUUUGAUAAUAUUAAACACACAUACAUCUAGACCAAAACCUGCUGUGAAGGUGGAGCAAAAAAUGAACAUUCCCCAUAACUAUUCUGAUCUCCCAUGAAAUUGUUUUUUCUUAAGAUCUUUUAUUUAAAGAUAUCCCUCAUGAAUGGAGGAAGGCAGAUGAAAUGAACUGCCUAACCAUUUGACCAAAAUAGUUUCAGUAGCUUAUUUUUUACAAGAGAGAGGCACAUCAUCUAAAGAUUAUCUCCUUCCUAUAGGCUUUUGAACAUGAAGGUACUUAGAACUUCAUGCUUACUGCAUUGUGAUCCUUUUUUGCCCAACCAUUCCUUUCUUUCCUUCAUUUAGAAUUGUUCUCAGUAGCUGCAGAUGAUGAGGUAGGGAAAGGACUGUAGAAAUUUUGGAGCAUACUGAACUAUUUAAGAUAAUUGAAUACGAAGUCAAAAGAAUGCUAACUUUUAUGUCCCGUAGUUGAGAUGUAACAACUACAUUCAAAAGUUGCUUAUUUUUUUAAAUAUAGGCGUUAUGUAUGUUGUGGGCUCAUUUCCAGGAAAUUGGCUCUUUUGAAAUAAACAAGUGGAUAUGUAGAAUCUAAAAUACUUUAUACAAUCUCAAACCACCAUGCAGUGCUGUUAAUUGUGUUUCCUCCCAGAUCACUUGUAUCCAAGACACAUAACCAUAUGUCUCACAAGAUAUAAAACAGCAAAGUAAUCACAAGUAUCUUGUAAGGAUAUUGAAACAUAAGUUGCAACAACAAAGUCAUAAUUGAAUUAAUGUAACUGAGGAAUUUCUUAAGAAUAUAGUUCUAUUGGGAGUAGGUUUUUUGUUGCAAAAAGUAAACAGUACCUGCUUCUUGCAUUAUGAUUAAUUCUAAGUAAGGUUGCAUAUAUAGAGAAAAUAGUUUUACUCAAAAAAUUAAGCUUACAAUGCAUUGUGAUGGGUUCAUAAUAAUAAUAAUAGCUGUGGCAUGAAAGUGGUUUGAUGCAUCUUCUGGAUUCCCUUCAAUUCUACCACCAUUCCCCAAAACAUCUAGUGGGUUAAAUCUUGGCUGGAAAAUCAUUCUGUGGAGCCUGUUUGUGUUGAAAAAUAGUGGUCCCCAAAGUCAUCUGUCUCUGUAAAUGGCAGCUGUGGUGCUGUCCCCAGAUGCCAGAAACAGUUGCUAGCAUGUGUUCAUAGUCAGUGAAUUGCAGUCAAUGCAGAUUGUCUGUAGAAUAAUGAACAGAACACCAUCUAGGUUUUAUAAUUUUUAACCCUCCUGAAUAUAAAGACAGGAAAAGUUGCUUUUCUGGAUUAUAAUCCCAUAGAAUUUGUCAAUAACAUAACCAGUGACCAUGUUGCUUGAAGGGUUUGGGAUUUGUAUCCUGAUGACCUCGCUGCCCCCCCUCCCAAAAAUAAUCACAUGUUUUAUUUGUUUGAAAAAUGAGGUUUAUUUAUAAUAUCAUAUUCAAAUGCUAAAAUUGAGUUAUUCAAUAUAAAUUGUUGUUCUACUUUUUAUGUUACAAAAUUCCCCAUUGCAGUUAAUAAUAAAUAGGGGGCAUUUUCUGCUAUUCUUGUGUGAAGAAUAGGAUAUUACGACAUGCAGAUAAACUUUUUGCUAUAAUUAGGAACAUAAAUUAUAACACAGCAUGUCCACAUACAAAUGAACACUUUUCCUGUAUAUAAGCCCCUAUAGGUCUUUGGAAUUGGAAGAAAAAAACUUACUUGUAGUUAUACAAAUUACUUCCAGAUGUAGAUUUCAAUAAACACGUAGUGUUGUUGCUUUACCCAAAGUUGCUGUGAAUUUCUUGAGGCAAGUCUGCAUCUUGUAAACUUACAUUUUCAAUGCUAAUGAAGUUACUUCUUUCUUUAUGUAUACAAUUUAAUGUUCUUUAAGCUUUUUAGGACUCUCUUCAACUUGUAAACCCUUAAAUAGUGUUUUUAUUCUCAACAUUUAUACUAUUUGUAUACAUGUCACCCUACUACAGUAUAUUCAGGAAUUUGAGUGUUCAUAGGAGACAGCAAAUUGUGCUCAUUUUCUGACGGAACAACUUUUGCUGGUGGAAUGAAUUCUCUUUGGCUUAGUAGUCUUUGUGCUUUUCCAAAUCUGCUGGGAAAGAUCUCUGAAGCAGUAGAUUUGGGACUUUAGGCAGUCCCCAAGUUACAAACAAGGUAGGUUCUAUAAGUUUGUUCUUUAAGUUGAAUUUGUAUGUAAGUCAGCAUGGGUACAUUUUUAAGUGUAACUUCAGCCAAAAUUAUGUAUUGUUUAUUUAGGUUUGGAUAGCAUAGGUAAGAGUCAACACCUCAGUGGUGUUUGUUUUCCUGUCUGUGCCCCUGUUCAGAAAAAGUCCCCUUUGUUCAGAAGAUUUCGCCUCACUUCCUGACCCUGUGAUAAUUGGAUUUUGAAAAAAAAUGGGCUUCUUGUGGAAACAAGGAUUGGUGAGAAUGCUUCUGUGGAGACACCUUUUCCCCAUGAUAAGUCUUUCAAGAAUGAAUUUCCCUUCUGAGAGGUAGUUUUCUCUCACUUCCUGUUCUCACCCCUGUUCUUAACUAGGAGUUUAUGUAGUAAGUCAGAUGUUUAUAACUUGCUGACUGCCUAUACGUAAGAGCUACAAUGAAAGAACAUAUUUAAGAGGCUGAUUUUUGCAAAUUCUUCCCAUAUAACAUUAAAUGUAGUUUCAUGUUAAAGUAUAUUGGGGAAGUUGUCUUCAAAAGAUGCUGCGAGAACCAUUGGAAUUAGGCAUCAAAACAGUCCACUGAAAGUUCUAUACACUUGGCAUAUAUUUCUUUUUAAUUGUAAAUGUGUUUGCAUGCAAAGUACAAUGGGCAUAAACUCAGUUCCUCACUGAAUCGUUGACUUUUCUAGGUAGCAGUUUGCUGAUGUUAAAUUAGAUUUGAGUUGGUCAUAUGGGACUUAUCACUGUUCUGGUUAGGACAGCAUCAGUUUAAGCCAUGACUCUUCUGUUGAAAACAGCAUUACUUUGUCAAGUUCUCUCAGUAACAUCUCGUAUUCCCAUCAAUGAUAAGCAAUAAUGUGAGUCAGGAAAUGUACGUCAUGCCUUACAUUAGAUUAUUAUAUGCAGUACAGAAAAGUACGCAAUAUUCAGCUCUUUGUUAUAUAGAGGAUAAAAAUCUGUCCUAAAUAACAGCAAUACAAUCAACAAUUCUCUUUUUUAUGUUAACAAAAGCUUUGCUAGUUAUUGUAUAGUAUGAUAGAUUUGACAGAUUGAUCUAACAGAUACAAACAAUACUAUCCUGUAUUGUUCUGCAAUGUUAUCUCUAUGACUCCAAACUGUGACAAGAUGUGUGUAUUUCCUGAUUGAUUUUCAUGUCGUUAUGAUAAUAUUUGCAAUUUCAUAUCAAAAAUAACAAUGGCUAGAAAAUGCUCACACAGAGCAAAGCAUUAGUAAUUGAUCUUAUUCUUUAUAUUUUGUUGAUACUUUCUUUUGGACAAUAGAAAGAGAGACUGAACAAUAAAGUUACAUGUUACACAAGGAAAACAUGGCUUCUUCUAAAGAUAGAUAUUGCAUCAUGGAACAUCUUUGGAUUUAAAGUUUUCUUACCCAUUGCAAGCAAUAGCCAGUGAAGAGGGAUGAAGCAAGGAAACUCUGAGCAGUUGAUACAAGCCACAAUUUACUCAUAACAUGUAAUUUUGGAAUAAGGAUGACCAUCUAAAGUAGACUAUAUAAAUAUCCACAUUUCAGAUUUACCAGGGGAAAAAACCUGUCCAAAGAGGCAGAGUUUCCAAUAGACUGAGAUAUUUCAGAGAGAUGACCACACGUUUGUGCUUAUUCCUCAGAUUAUUGCAGUGGGAGAAAUUAGCCUAUUCAGCCUGUGCUUGAGCCUCUGAGGACAGCCCAGGCAGUCUGUGGUUAGUAAAGCUAUGUUGAGCAAUUCUUUUGGAAGACUAUCGAACUGAAAUAAAAUGAGACUGUAGAAAACACUGUUGGGAACAAAAAAGACAAAGACGGAGCCAGCCCAGAACCAUGGCAGACAGUGUCUAGCUGGAAGCCAAAUGGAACACAGCCAGGCAGCCGUGCUGAACACAAGUCACAUGGGGAAUGAAAUGAGUAUCAUUCUGUGGGGCAUUUGUGAAUGUGACCUGUGUUUUUAAUAAAGACCUGAAGAGGAGAAAUAAAACAAGGCAAGAGCAAGGGUCUGAUAACAGCAUGAAGUGGCUUUCCUGCAAUUAGUUCUCUGGCUUGUAAGACUUGUAAACAGUCAUUUUAUAGUUUUCUCAUUCCAUGUUAUUAGUGUCCAUGUACCCCUCCCAUCUUCUUCCAGUUACACAAUGGUUACUGUUUUCAGAACCGGGGAGGAAUGGCACAAGAAGGGGAAAGAAGUCACGAGUGGAGUGCCGCAGGGUUCUGUCCUGGGCCCGGUUCUGUUCAACAUCUUUAUUAAUGACUUAGACGAAGGGUUAGAAGGCACGAUCAUCAAGUUUGCAGACGACACCAAACUGGGAGGGAUAGCCAACACUCCAGAAGAAAGGAGCAGAAUUCAAAACGAUCUUGACAGAAUAGAGAGAUGGGUCGAAACUAACAAAAUGAAGUUCAACAGGGACAAAUGCAAGAUACUUCACUUCGGCAGAAAAAAUGGAAUGCAAAGAUACAGAAUGGGGGACACCUGGCUAGACAGCAGUACAUGUGAAAAAGAUCUUGGAGUCCUUGUGGACAACAAGUUAAACAUGAACCAGCAAUGUGAUGCGGCUGCUAAGAAAGCCAACGGGAUUCUGGCCUGCAUAAAUAGGGGUAUAGCGUCUAGAUCCAGGGAAGUCAUGAUCCCCCUCUAUUCUGCCUUGGUCAGACCACACCUGGAAUACUGCGUCCAAUUCUGGGCACCACAGUUGAAGGGAGAUGUUGACAAGCUGGAAAGCGUCCAGAGGAGGGCAACUAAAAUGAUCAAAGGUCUGGUGAACAAGCCCUAUGAGGAGAGGCUUAAAGAACUGGGCAUGUUUAGCCUGCAGAAGAGAAGGCUGAGAGGAGACAUGAUAGCCAUGUACAAAUAUGUGAGGGGAAGUCAUAGGGAGGAGGGAGCAAGCUUGUUUUCUGCUGCCCUGGAGACUAGGACGUGGAACAAUGGCUUCAAACUACAGGAAAGGAGAUUCUACCUGAACAUUAGGAAGAACUUCCUCACAGUGAGGGCUGUUCGGCAGUGGAACUCUCUUCCCCGGAUUGUGGUGGAGGCUCCUUCUUUGGAGGCUUUUAAACAGAGGCUGGAUGGCCAUCUGUCGGGGGUGCUUUGAAAGCGAUUUCCUGCUUCUUGGCAGGGGGUUGGACUGGAUGGCCCAUGAGGUCUCUUCCAACUCUACUAUUCUAUGAUUCUAUGAUUCUAUGAAAUACCUAACCAUGGGAAUUUAUUGUAUUUAUUAAUAAAAUGUGUUUCCCUUUUGUCACUACAAAAUAGUUCCAAAGUUCCAAGAGUUACAACUGCAGUAAAACAUAAUAAAAUCAGCACCAUAGUUUCAAUGGGUUAAAUAAAUAGAUCUUCAGUUGAUGCUAGAAGUUUCUAAAACAUGUUUACUGUAUCUAAAAAUGGAAGGAAUUGAAACAAACAUAGUUUCCUGCCUCUCUUUCUUUUGAAAGUACAUCUUUGUGAUUUGUCAGUAAACUUGCCUGUUUUGAAGGUUCCUGUUAUCAUCUUCUAGUUACCUAGUACAGUAGACUCUCACUUAUCCAAGCUAAACGGGCCGGCAGAAGCUUGGAUAAGCGAAUAUCUUGGAUAAUAAGGAGGGAUUAAAGAAAAGCCUAUUAAACAUCAAAUUAGUUUAUGAUUUUACAAAUUAAGCACCAAAACAUCAUGUUAUACAACAAAUUUUACAAGAAAUAGUUGUUCAAUAUGCAGUAAUGUUAUAUUGUAAUUACUAUCUAUAUAUAUAAAUGAGUGAUGGCAUCACGGCGAUCAACAAAACAACAAAACUACAGGCCCGCCAACCUCGAAAUUUGACAACACAACCCAUCAUCCACCCCUCUAGGUUGAUACAACAAAAAGAAAAGAAAAAUAAAGUCCUAAUUAGAGGGAAAGGAAUAAUUGUUUUUAUCCAAUUGCUGCCAGUUAGAGGACUAAUCUCUGCCCACUUGGUCUCCUAGCAACCAACUCAGCCCAGGGGACAGGCAGACUUAGAUUUAGGCCUCUUCCACAGAUUAUCUAAUUUGCACUGGAUUAUAUGGCAGUGUAAACUCAAGGCCCUUCCACACAGCUAUAUAUAUAUAACCCAUUUAUAAUCUUAUAUUAUCUGCUUUGCAGUGGAUUAUCUUGACUCCACACUGCCAUAUAAUCCACUUCAGUGUGCAUUUUAUACAGCUGUGAAGAAGGGGCCUCAUAUAAUCCAUUUCUAAGAAGAUAAUAUAAGAUUAUCAAUAUACAGUAGAGUCUCACUUAUCCAACAUAAACAAGCCGACAGGAUAAGUGAAUAUGUUGGAUAAUAAGAAGGGAUUCAGGAAAAGCCGAUUGAACAUCAAAUUAGGUAGUAAUGCGUAGUAAUGCUAUGUAGUAAUUACAGCAGAGUCUUACUUAUCCAACACUCGCUUAAACUGUGAAUCUAUAGCAAAUAAUCUGCAAGAUGUUCAUAAAAAUAACUACAGUCUGAAUUGCAUACAAAAUGAAACCAUAUGUCUGACUUGAUGCCAGCACUUGGUAGUGAAAACAAUAAAAAAGAAUAAAAAGUGAGGUGCAUAGAUGUAUGUAUCUCACUUUUUAUUCUUUUCCAUUUGAGGACUUGGUUUCUAUGGAAAAAGAUAACUGCUGAACCUGUUUGAACUAUUAUCCCAUUUUCCUUGGUUGUGUGCACAAUGGGAGGUUAUGCUGUACUGUUACUUCUAACUUACUCCCUACAGAUAACUGGCUGAUCAUCAACAUUUAUUGGAAAGAAUCUUUAUCAGUUCUGAAUCUAGAGUAAUGACUGUAUUUUAUUUUUUAAAAUAUUUCCUCUUCUCACAAGUACUUUCAUAUUUAACUAGCUCCUCCCAAGAGUGAAAUGAAGUUAUGUAACAAAGGGACCAGGAAAGGCAGGAAAGCAGACAGCAUUCAUUUCCAUUUACCAUUACCAUUUACAGAGUUUCAUAGAAUCAUAGAAUCGUAGAGUUGGAAGAGACCUCAUGGGCCAUCCAGUCCAACCCCCUGCCAAGAAGCAGGAAAUCGCAUUCAAAGCACCCCCGACAGAUGGCCAUCCAGCCUCUGCUUAAAAGCCUCCAAAGAUGGAGCCUCCACCACAGUCCGGGGAAGAGAGUUCCACUGUCGAACAGCCCUCACAGUGAGGAAGUUCUUCCUGAUGUUCAGGUGGAAUCUCCUUUCUUGCUCCCUCCUCCCUAUGACUUCCCUUCACGUAUUUGUACAUGGCUAUCAUGUCUCCUCUCAGCCUUCUCUUCUGCAGGCUAAACAUGCCAAGCUCUUUAAGCCGCUCCUCAUAGGGCUUGUUCUCCAGACCCUUAAUCAUUUUAGUUGCCCUCCUCUGGACGCUUUCCAGCUUGUCAACAUCUCCAUUCAACUGUGGUGCCCAGAAUUGGACGCAGUAUUCCAGGUGUGGUCUGACCAAGGCAGAAUAGAGGGGGAGCAUGACUUCCCUGGAUCUAGACGCUAUACCCCUAUUUAUGCAGGCCAGAAUCCCGUUGGCUUUUUUAGCUGCUGCAUCACAUUGUUGGCUCAUGAUUAACUUGUUGUUCACGAGGACUCCAAGGUCUUUUUCGCACACACUGCUGUCAAGCCAGGCGUCCCCCAUUCUGUAUCUUUGAUUUCCAUUUUUUCUGCCGAAAUGAAGUAUCCUGCAUUUGUCCCUGUUGAACUUCAUUUUGUUAGUUUCGGCCCAUCUCUCUAGUCUGUCAAGAUCGUUUUGAAUUCUGCUCCUGUCUUCUGGAGUGUUGGCUAUCCCUCCCAGUUUUGUGUCGUCUGCAAACUUGAUGAUCGUGCCUUCUAACCCUUCGUCUAAGUCGUUAAUAAAGAUGUUGAACAGAACCGGGCCCAGGACGGAGCCCUGCGGCACUCCACUUGUCACUUCUUUCCAUGAUGAAGACGACGCAUUGGUGAGCACCCUUUGGGUUCGUUCGCUUAGCCAAUUACAGAUCCACCUAACCGUAGUUUUGUCUAGCCCACAUUUUACUAGUUUGUUUGCCAGAAGGUCGUGGGGGACUUUGUCGAAGGCCUUACUGAAAUCCAGGUAGGCUACAUCCACAGCAUUCCCUGUAUCGACCCAACUCGUAACUCUAUCGAAAAAAGAGAUCAGAUUAGUCUGGCAUGACUUGUUUUUUGUAAAUCCGUGUUGACUAUUAGCAAUGACCGCAUUUGUUUCUAAGUAUUCGCAGACCACUUCCUUGAUGAUCUUUUCCAGAAUCUUGCCUGCUAUCGAUGUGAGGCUGACCGGACGGUAAUUGUUUGGGUUGUUCUUUUUUCCCUUCUUGAAGAUAGGGACCACAUUCGCCCUCCUCCAAUCUGCUGGGACUUCUCCCGUUCUCCAAGAACUCUCGAAGAUAAUUGCUAGUGGUUCUGAAAUAACUUCCACUAAUUCCUUCAAUACUCUUGGAUGUAGCUGAUCUGGCCCUGGGGACUUGAAUCGUUUAGAGAGGCCAGGUGUUCCUGGACAACUUGUUUCCCUAUUUGGGGUUGGAUUUCCCCCAAUCCUUCAUCCAUUCCAUGUUGCUGAGGUUCAGGCACUAAACUCUCUAUGUUAAAACCAAUUGUGCUUCUCUACCUUUGGGGAGUGUUCCAAGAGUCUCUUGUCAUGAGUUGCACAUUUUCAGUGUCUCUGUGUAGAUGAGUACAUGUGUUCCAUCCUUAAACAUGAGUUCAAAAGAUACUCUGUAUGUCAGGGUUACACAAAAAGUAGGAUCGGUCUCAUUGCAAAAUCCAGAAAGUGGUGACAUUUUUUCCAAAAGGCAGUUUUGUAAAAAAAGAAAAUUGUUUAACUGACUUUAAUUUUGGGUUAACUUCUGUUAUUUUGGGGUGGGUUAGAAAUAAUUUGGCAGAAAGGCAAAAUAGAAAUCCAACAAAUAAAUCAAAAUGAACUUGAAAUUAAGAAGCUACUUUAGAUGUUCCCAUUGCUACAUGAAGAUCAGCAGAAUUUCAUUCUUUUUACAUUGGCUCAACUUUAAGUUUCUCAAGUUCUAGACUGGUUGAAACUUAAACAUGCUCAUUGGGGAAAAAAGUAAAAUGACAGGUUAUUAUUAUGGGAUUACUACCUGACUAACCUAUGGAUGCGAGAGCUGGACCUUAAGGAAGGCUGAGAGAAGGAUGAUAUACGCUUUUGAACUCUGGUGCUGGAGGAAAAUCCUGAGAGUGCCUUGGACCACAAAAAGGUCCAACCAGUCCAUCCUCCAGGAAAUAAUGCCCGGCUGCUCACUGGAGGGAAGGAUAUUAGAGGCAAAGCUGAAGUAUUUUGGCCACAUCAUGAGGAGACAGGAAAGCUUGGAAAAGAUCAUGAUGCUGGGGAAAAUGGAAGGGAAAAGGAAGAGAGACCGACCAAGGGCAAGAUGGAUGGACGGUAUCCUUGAAGUGACUGGGUUGACCUUGAAGGAACAGGGGGCGGGGACGGCCGACAGGGAGCUCUGGCGUGGACUGUUCCAUGAGGUCACGAAGAGUUGGAGACGACUAAACGACUGAGCAGCAGCAGCAACCUGACUGCUAUCUCUCAUGAGCUAAUCUUCAAGUAAUACUGAUUAACGGUUUGCUCUUUUUACAGGUAUUAUAAAUGAAUCACAUAGCACUUUAGAUAUGGUUCAACUGAAGUACCUAGCAAUCAUUACAAUUGGCUAUGCUGGAUUAGAUUACAGUGAUACCUUGACAUAAGAGUUUAAUUCAUUCUGAGACUAAGCUCUUAACUCAAAACACUUACAGUAGAGUCUCGCUUAUCCAACAUAAAUGGGCUGGCAGAACGUUGGAUAAGCGAAAAUUUUGGAUAAUAAGGAGGGAUUAAGGAAAAGCCUAUUAGACAUCAAUUUGCAUUAUGAUGUUACAAUUUAAGCACCAAAACAUCAUGUAUUACAAAAAAAAUGACAGAAAAAAGCAGUUCAAUAAAUUGUAGCGUUAUGUAGUAAUUACUGUAUUUACUAAUUUAGCACCAAAACAUCACAAUGUAUUGAAAACAUUGACUACAAAAAGGCAGACUGCGUUGUAUAAUACAGAACGCUGGACAAGCGAAGGUUGGUUAAGCAAGAUUCUACUGUAUCUCAAAAUGAAUUUCCCAUUGAAAUGCAUUGUAAUGCAAUUUAUCUGUUCCAGGGCCCCGAGCCCCCUCCUCUCCAUUCUUGUUACGUGUUUUAAAAUAACAAAAUGUACUUUAUAAAUAACAAAUAAUUUAUAAAUGCACAUUCACAUGUAACAAUGAAAAAAGAAAGAUUAACUUUAAAAUGGUAGAAGCACAAAGUUGUGGCAAGGAAGCACAUUUGAAGCAACAAAAUGUAUGUUGGCCAGUGUAGUAGCAAGGCAAAACCUGCACAUUCACAUGGAACAAUAAAAAAGAAAGAUCAACUUUAAAUUGGCAGAAGCACAAGGUUGUGGCAAAGAACCACAAAGUGAAGAGGCAGAAGCAUCAUCUUCUUUAUACUGUACUCAUUCCAACCUCCCUCCCACGCUUGUUCCUUCUCCCUGUCCAUGAAGCCAAACAUACCAGGAAUAAAAACCAUACAAAAUUAAAUAACCUGAAGUUCUUCAAAGCGAACAAGAGCAAAGCAGACAGCAGUCUCGCAAAGCAGACAAGAACACUAGGUACGGAGGCUGAUCCCUUGAAGCCAUAAAGCCCUAUACUCUCGUACUAGCUUUCCCUCUGAUGCUGGUGCUCUUUCCCUCUGAUGCUGGCGUUAGCUCUUAACUCAAAACACUGUUCUUAAAUCAAAUCAAAACUUGGGCCGAGUGACAGCUCUCAACUCAAAACGCUCUUAAGUUGGGAUGCUCUUAAGUAGAGGUCCCACUGUACUGGAGUUUAUAGACAUUUGAAAGACUGAUUUUUCAGAAUUACUCAAGUUUUUGUCCCCAGUGGCAAUUAAAGGUUGAAGGGAACAGAGAACGACUGGGAUGUGAAAGCCAUGUUGAAGAAGGUGGCUCCAUCCUAUUUUCUUUUCACUGCCAGGAGCAAGUGAGAGUGUCCUAAAAGAUUUAUUAACAGACCUGUGAAGGUAGUCUUGAGACAAUUGCUGCCAUUUGAAGAACAAGGAAGGGGCAGCAAGAAAGGAAGGGAGGAGGAAAAAACUAAAAACGUGCAGAACUUGAAAUCUUCACAACAGGAUUUAAGAGUUACAAUCUGGAAGGUGUCAUUUGGGUAUUUUUUUAAAGGGAGGGGUUGAUACGAGGAAGCAGAUCUGCUCCUUCAAAUGUUUGGCACUAGCUAUAUUCAGUGUGUUAAUAAAUCUGAAGUACUGUAUAUGUGCAGUGAUCUUCCUGUCCAUAGGAAGCUGAAUCCAGGUAAGAGGUAUCCCUGAAGUUUCACACUGCUCUGGGAAGUGGGAAAAGUGUAACAAUAUCUCCUGCUAAUGAGAAUAAAAUCAUUGCUUUAACUGACAAGUGGGAAGGGGAAGCUUCAAUUUCUAAAUGUGUUCUCAACAGGAAUUAUGUUUCAUGAUUUUCUAUCUCUGUAGUUAAGCUGGCACUGAAUCUUCCAUAAUUCAAUGAUUAUAGUUAAGUGAAUAAAACGUUCAGGGUGAUAUCCAUAAUUCUGCCACAAAGUAUUACCUGAAAACUUUCUUCUUCUUUUUCUUUUGUUAAGUUUCUAGACUUUGGGAAAAGUCAAAAGCAUUUUUCUUGAAUCUAAUCUUUUAAAUGGCACGCAAUUGUACUUUUCCUGCCAAGAGUUUAUUUCACAUGUGGUUAGUGCCAAUUUUUUUUCUCACAUAUGUGAAAUGCAUUUGGCCCAUAAUGAAAAUUUACAUGGGCGCACACACACUUUUUUUAAAUGCUGAUUUAAAAAAAAAAACCCAGUAUAUUAAACAAUAUUUCCCCUUUGGUAAACAAGUAAGAUUUAAGUAUUACUACAGUCUGCCAAGUAACCAAAUUCUAAGAUACAAGAGUUCAUGGAUAUGAAGUAUUUUUUUUAAAGGGUUUUUUUAAAAAAAGGCAAGAUUCAUAUGAUAAGGUAUCACCAGGGCCGGCCCUAGGUAAUUUUCAAGUGUAAGCAAACAGAAUUCCCCCCUCCCCAACCAAUCACUGAAAAAUAAAAGCAUUGGAUAAGCGAAAACGUUAGAUAAUAAGGAGGAAUUAAGGAAAAGCCUAUUAAACAUCAAAUUACGUUAUGACUUUACAAAUUAAGCACCAAAACAUCAUGUUUUACAACAAAUCGACAGAAAAAGCAGUUCAAUAAAUUGUAAUGUUAUGUAGGAAUUACUAUAUUUACGAAUUUAGCACCAAACAUUGCAAUGUAUUGAAAACAUUGACUACAAAAACAUUGGCUAUUAUUAACAAAUUGACUGCAAAUAAAGAUAGAAUUGCAUAAAAUAAACUUGUUAUUAUUAUUAUUAUUAUUAUUAUUAUUAUUAUUAUUAUUUUCUGCCAAAGAGUGCUGGGAUCUCAUCAAACCACAGCUCCCUUGAUUCCAUAGCAUUGAGCCACAGCAGUUAAAAUGGAGUCAAACUGCAUUAAUCCUACAGUGUAGAUGUCCCCAAAGAGAGAGAGAGAAAGAAAGAAAGAAGAGGCAGAGUUCAAAGCAGAUGAUCUGGAUUUUAUAUGGCAGUGUAGAAGGGGCCAAUGUCAAGCCUAAGACAGCAGUAUAGUGGUUUGAGCAGUGAACAGUGGCUCUUGAGACUUGGGUUCAAAUUAUUUGCUGUGCUGUGGAAGCCCAUUAGGUGACUUUGGGUAAGUCACACUCUCUCAGCCUCAGAGGAAAGCAACAGCAUCCUCUCUUUGAUCAAGUCUUGCCAAGCAACCCCUGUGAUUGGAUUGCCUGUGCUUGUGUCUGUGUUGUGUGGGAGGGAGAGGGAAGGCUGGGAGCCCUUCUGAGUCGAUAAUAGGCUUAGAGACUACGAGGCCUCCUCUGCCCCCGGCCCCGCCUAUUUACAUUUAAAACACUGAGCAAGGCAGAGAAGGAGGGAGCCAGGAAGAGGGGAUUUACCAGGGAUAAUAAUUAGCGUGCGGCCCUUCUUUUCUUUCUUAUGUAUGGUCUCUGUGCAGAGCUCAAACUGCAUUGUUAGACAUUGUCGAUUCAGCCUCCCUGGUCGCCCAAUGCCUCCUUUCAACAGAUUGAAGCGGGACGUCUCUGGCUUCAGCCUCGGGAGCGCACUCAUUCACUCUGUCGGCGAUGCGCUUGCCCCUAUUCCCUGCUUUCCUUCCUUCUUUCCCCCGCCGCUUUCUUUCUUUCCAGCUCGGCUUUUUGUCAAGCGAAGGCUUCAAAGGAAAGAGAGGCAGGGAGGGACAUGUGGGGAAAUGCUCAAGUGUGUUUCUUCCCGGCUUGGCUCCCGCACUGAAGCACCCACACUCACUCUCUCUUUCUUGCCAGUGGGGAUGAUGGGUAGCAGAGUGAAAUCCAAAAAUUCACCAACCCGGUCUUCACCUCCUUCCUCCAGACUGUCUCCCGGUGUGGAAAAACAGCACUGGACAAACACACUCCAGCAGAUGAGGGUUCGGUUGGAAAUCCAACGGCAAUAAACAUUUAUUUACAUUUCUACAUACAAACAGAGCAAAUCAGUCCUUCUCUCCAUGAGUGCUCGCCGAAGCGACUCACGCACACACAGUACACUGCUCAACUCUUCUCAAGACACUCCUCUGCAUUCCACAGGAACAGAGAAGAAAGUCCCGGUCAAAACAAACUUGACCCCAUUGGUCCUGUGAUACGUCAAUCAUAGCAGACUCUCAUUAUUAAUAAUAAUAAUAAUAAUAAUAAUAAUAAUAAUAAUAAUAAUAAUAAUACUUUAUUUAUACCCCGCCACCAUCUCCCCAACGGGGACUUGGGGCGGCUAACAUGGGGCCACGCCCAGAACAGUACAAUAUAAUAAAAUAUGAAAACAGCAUACCAUAGCACAAUUAAAAGCAAUACAAUAGAUGAUAAUAGACAUUACAUCAAAAAAAUAAAAAAACAGUAAAACAGGGCAGGCCGCAAGGACACAAGGAUAAAACUCAGAGUGAGAGGAACAGAGGAGUACUCCACUGUGGACAGGGACACAUGAAAGCGGGGCAAUCUAGAGGUUAGAUGUUGAGGGGGGAGCAAUACAGAAAUAUAUAACAGAAAUUACUCACCGAAAGCACAGCGGAAGAGCCAUGUUUUCAGGUCUUUCCUAAAAGCUAACAGAGUGGGAGCUUGCCUGAUCUCAGUAGGUAGUGAAUUCCAUAGUCGGGGGGCCACAGCGGAAAAGGCCCUCUCCCUUGUGCUCACAAGACAGGCCUGGGAUAGAGACAGCGGUGACAAAAGGGCCUCCCUGGACGAUCGCAAAGAUUGGGCAGGUUUAUGGUAGGAGAUACGGUCACAGAGGUAGGUGGGUCCCAAACCGUUUAGGGCUUUAUAAAUGAUGGUCUGCACCUUGAAUUGGGCCCGGAAAAUGAACGGCAGCCAGUGGAGCUCCUUAAACAUGGGAGUGGAUCUCUCCCUGUAACUUGCCCCCGUUAUUAAUCUGGCAGCCGAGCGUUGGACCAAUUGUAAUUUCCGGGCCGUCUUCAAGGGAAGCCCCACGUAGAGCGCAUUACAGUAGUCCAGUCUAGAGGUAACUAAGGCAUGGACCACCGUGAUCAAGUCAGACUUCACGAGAUAUGGUCGCAGUUGGCGCACAAGUUUGAGUUGUGCAAAGGCCCUCGCGGCCACCGCUGACACCUGUGCUUCAAGCGUCAACGCUGAAUCCAGGAGGACCCCCAAACUGCGGACCUGUGAUUUCAGGGGGAGUGCAACCCCGUCCAGCACAGGUUGCCACCCAAUACCCCGAUCCGACGCACGACUGACCAGGAGGGCCUCUGUCUUGUCGGGAUUUAUUCUCAGCUUGUUCCUCCUCAUCCAGCAGCCAGGCACUGGUUCAGCAUCCGAGGGGCUUCCUUGGAAUCAGAUGGCAACGAGUAGUGGAUUUGUGUGUCAUCUGCGUAGAGAUGGCAACGCCCUCCAAAACUCCGGAUGACCUCUCCCAGUGGUUUCAUGUAGAUGUUAAAUAGCAUGGGGGAUAAGAUAGACCCCUGCGGAACCCCACAGGUCAAUGGCCAGGGGUCCGAGCAGGUGUCCCCCAGCUUCACCAUCUGAGAGCGGCCCUCCAGGAAGGACUGGAGCCACUGCAAAACUGUGCCACCAAGCCCCAUCCCAGAGAGCCGCCCCAGAAGGAUACCAUGGUCGAUGGUAUCAAAAGCCGCUGAGAUAUCCAGGAGAACCAGCAGGGUCACACUCCCCCUGUCCAGUUCUCUGCGGAGGUCAUCCACCAAGGCGACCAAAGCCGUCUCGGUACUGUGCCCAGACCUGAAGCCAGACUGCGAGCAGUCCAGAAAAUCGGUGUAAUCGAGAAACCCUUGGAGCUGCGUGGCAACCACCCGCUCCAGAACCUUGCCCAGAAAUGGGAGGUUGGAGAUUGGUCUGUAAUUGUCACAAACCGAUGGGUCUAACGAGGUCGUUUUUAGUAGCGGUUUUACCACCGCUUGCUUAAAACAGGAUGGAAAUGACCCCUGACCCAGCAGUUAUUAACUCCAUAACUGCUGAAAUGCCUUGCCGAAAAACUAACACAUAAGGCAUUUCUAAUAACCCAGAUUGAUUUUAACAUUUCACAAUACACAAUACCCUGACAAUUCCCCUCCGAAAUGUUCAAAUCAAUUCUCUACAUACUUUAACACUCUACACAUUUGAUCAAUCUCUCUUGAACUUCCACAGGAUAAUACAUGUAUACAUACAGUCUUUUUCAAUCACAUGUAAAUUGCUUUGAUCACAAUACAUCAACACUUUUCUUGCAUCUUUAUUAACACAAUCGAUGCUAGAACCAUAACCCAAUACACUGAUGCUUCACUUUAUUAAUCAAUAGUUUUCCCAACCUCUGAAAACUUAAUUCAUUGUGCCACAUAGAUUCAUUUGAUGCAGCCAGGCUAUAUUUCAACUCACUGCUGGCUUAACCAUGGAUUUCAAUUUCUCUUAAAAUCUAAUUCCUUAAAACCAAUUCAUCUCAUAAUCAUACUUUUCCAUCACAAUUAUUCACAAAAAUGAUUUAACUCUCUCUGAACAUAUAUAAAUAUUUCAAUUUCCGUUCAGACUAAUAAACAGGCACACUCUUUUUGCAUCUCUGGCGCUUUGGCAACACAUGUGCCAAUUGACAUGUUGGAGACCACUGAUCAUCUGAUUCAAUCUCGGUCUCAAGAAGAGAUAUAUCUUCACUUUUUUCUGUCACCUGCUCCUCACUCUCAAGCUUAGGUGAUUUUUUCCAUUUACCCCCUCUCUUCUGACUUGUCUGGGGAGUCUGUACUUCCCCGUGUUUCACUGGAGUAACCAUUUCCUCCUUAAUGGUUCGUUGCAUAUCCUUUUCAACAACACAACCCCCUCCACCUGAAGCAUUCUGUACCUCCGCUUCCUUGGUGGAAUUGUUAUGAAACAACAUCUCUUUGUUCAAAUGCAACCUGUCCCAGCCUUCAUCCUUCUCAAAAUACGCCCUCUUUGAGAAAAUAAGCCUCCCAAGACCACUGUGAAAUUUAAGCUUGUCUUAGUAGUAGCCUAAGAAUUGCAUUCUCCUCCACUUAAGCUCUCCCUUUUUCCUCUGAUUGGCUGGAACUAAUACAUUAGCAUUUUGACCAUAUACUUUUAAAUAUCCUAAAUUUGGAGGUUUUUUGUACAUUCUCCGAAAUGGGAUGUCAUCCAAUUCCUCAUCCCAUAACCUGUUUAAAAUAUAAUUACUUGUGUGUGAACACUCUGGCCAAUUCUUAGUUGAGCUUCUGGAAUCUCUAAUUAAACACUCAUUCAUGUGAAGAAUUUGCUUCAUCCUAUUUUGAGCCACGCCUUCUUCAUUUUGCUUAUAUGAUUUUACAUUUUUAAAUCCUAUAUUCCUUUCACUCAACAUUGUCUUCAUCUCUUCAUUACACACAUUGAUUCCUUUGUCAAAAACUAUUUGACCUACAUGCUGUUCAUAGACCCUUUGAACCAUGUCUAUCCAAUUAGACACCUUUACAACAGCUUCCUUCAAAUCUUUAAGGAAGUAUAUAAAACCAAAUCUUGUGUGUCUAUCAACUAACAGUAAACAAAAUUGAGAACCUCCCUGGCUUUUUACAUCAGAUUCUGUCACGUGUAGAUGGACCAUUUCAAAUAUUUCCUGGGCCUUAAUUCCAGAUCUUUUAGGGUGCUCAUUUGAUUUAAUUCCCAUCUCUGAACAAACUGCACAGUCGAAUAAAUUUUCACAUUUCUCUCUGGAAUCCCUCUCACAGCCGCACAGUUGCUGAAAGCUCACCAGCCAUCAGCAUCUCCAUCCACUGCGCAGCAGGAAGCGUGGAGGCCUGGGCCCAUAACCCAGUGCCAGUGGGGAUGAUGGGUAGCAGAGUGAAAUCCAAAAAUUCACCAACCCGGUCUUCACCUCCUUCCUCCAGACUGUCUCCCGGUGUGGAAAAACAGCACUGGACAAACACACUUCAGCAGAUGAGGGUUCGGUUGGAAAUCCAACGGCAAUAAACUUUUAUUUACAUUUCUAUAUACAAACAGAGCAAAUCAGUCCUUCUCUCCAUGAGUGCUCGCCGAAGCGACUCAUGCACACACAGUACACUGCUCAACUCUUCUCAAGACACUCCUCUGCAUUCCACAGGAACAGGGAAGAAAGUCCCGGUCAAAACAAACUUGACCCCAUUGGUCCUGUGAUACGUCAAUCAUAGCAGACUCUCAUUAACUCCAUAACUGCUGAAAUGCCUUGCCGAAAAACGAACACAUAAGGCAUUUCUAAUAACCCAGAUUGAUUUUAACAUUUCACAAUACACAAUACCCUGACAUUUCUCUCUCCUCCUCCUUUGCCAGUGGCUCCCUCUCCUCUUUCCCAUGGCGCAUGCGCGCGCACAGGCACAGGAGGCGACCCGGGGAGGCGAUGGCUCUGCUCUAGACCCCACGCGAAGGCUAUUAUGUGGGAGGCCAGUGCCAGCAAAAGGGGAUCGGCCGAGCUUUGGAGACAGUGCUUGGAGGCGCCUCAACUGCGCCCUCUAGAGGAUGGCGCCUUCCGCAACUGUGUAGUUUGCUUACCGAUUGAACCGCCCCUGUGUAUCACAAUAUUUCACUAUGCAGUUCUUAUUGGUGUUAAAAAAGUAAAAACAUCCCAGAAUCACAAAGUCUUUUGCCCAGACUGAGGCCCCUUCCACACAGCUGAAUAAAAUCCAAAAGGUUGAGAACCACUGCUCUAAAAGAAUUCCAAAAGAUUGCCAUAGUAAUUACAAGUUGGCUAUGCUCAUACUCUGAAACAGGCAGUUGGCUUACUGUAUGUAACUUUCUAAUACCUGCUUCUUUAGAGUGCACAGGCAUGUCAUAUAAAAGUGUAAGAAGAAAAGGAAAACUAUAUUGAAGUUUUCCAUCAAAUAUGGUAAGACUGAUGUGUUUACAUUAGAUUUAAUUUAACCAAAUUAUGUUCUUAAUAGAAAAGAAAGCACAGCAACUAAUAUUUAUUUGCAGAUUCCAAAGAGGUCUCAGUACUUCAACAUAUUUAUAAGGCUUUUGUCAAUUAUCCAUUAGGUAAAGGUAAAGGUUUUCCCCUGACAUUAAGUCCAGUCAUGUCUGACUCUGGCGGUUGGUGCUCAUCUUCGUUUCUAAGCCGAAGAGCUGGCGUUGUUCGUAGACACCUCCAAGGUCAUGUGGCCGGCAUGACUACAUGGAGCGCCGUUACCUUCCCGCCGGAGCGGUAUCUAUUGAUCUACUCACAUUGGCAUGUUUUCAAACUGCUAGGUUGGCAGGAGCUGGAGCUAACAGCGGCCGCUCACGCCACUCCCGGGGUUUGAACCUGGGACCUUUUGGUCUGCAAGUUCAGCAACUCAAUGCUUUAACACACUUCGCCACCAGGGCUCCUUAUAAUUAUCCAUUAUAAGUAGCUUAAUUUCUUAUUAUCAGUAAAUUAAACUUGUGAAAAAUAUAUUUGUCAUGUUCUAGACAAGGGUUUAUGGCUUGAAUGUAUCUAUUUGAAAAAAUUAAAAGGAAGAGGAAGUAAUGGCCUUGGCCACCAAGAGGGAUUUUAGACUAUUCUGAAAAAUAUUCAGCUUUGUUUUGCUGUGAGUCUUUCAGGCUGUAUGGCCAUGUUCCAGAAGCUUUCUCUCCUGACAAUCUCUGAGGAUGCCUGUCACAGAUGUGGGCGAAAUGUCACGAGAGAAAUCUUCUGGAACAUGACCAUACAGCCCAAAAAACUCAUAGCAACCCAGUGAUUUUGGCCAUAAAAGCCUUCGACAAUACAUAUUAUUCAGCUUUGCUAAGUCAUGAACAAAAAAGAGCUUUAUUGAUUGUAGGGCACUCAGUUAAUGCCUUUGCUAUCUUCACUUGCAUCAUGAAUAACAUAUUCCAGAGACUACUUUUAGUUCUUUUUUAAAGCUGGAAUGCAAUAUCAGAAAAAAAGUUACAACUUUUAAACAUUGCCAUUAAAGGCCUAGCAUCUUUUUCAUCAGCCCCCCAUUUGCUGCUGCUGUAGACCAUAUGAAUUAAAGAAGCCCAUGUUGCCAAGUGCUUAAAGCAGAGUUACAUUUUGCAGAGUUACAAUAAUAAUGGAUUACUGCAACACUUAUGCAUCUUUUUUCUUCUGUCCUUACCCAAUCCCAUCCAGGAUCAUACAUUUACAGACUAAUGAACAUGCAUGAUUGUUACAUACAUUGUCUAAUUUCCCUUUCACUAGAAUACAUUAACCACAUGUAAGAUUUCUGCUCCAAAUCUUACUCUGUUUAUGAUGUUACUUUGGAAGUAUUUUAAUAAAACAAGCAUGCUAUUUUGUAGUAGAUUGAAGGUCCAGAAAACCAAAUAAAAGUUAAAAGGCUAGCUCACUCUAAGCCUUUGAAAUAACAUAUAGGUUGAGAACCUCUUACCUGAAGUCCAAAGUACUCCAAAAUCCAAAAUUCAUGAAUGAAAUUAUUGAAAUGUUAUGUAGAAUUCCCUUCAGGCUAUUUGUAUAUGGUGCACUGUGUAUGUAAAUUUCAUGUUUAGACUUGGGACCCAUCUCCAAGAUAUUUAAUUCUGUACAUAUCUAUAAAUACAAGUAUUCCAAAGUCAGGAAAAAAUCCAAAAUCGUUUUAGAUAAGGAAUAUGAACCUGCAUCUGUUUAAAGCCACAAUUGUGGUUGUUUGGCUCAUUUCUUGGUCUAGUGGUGAGAUGUUUGGGCAGAGGGUGUAGCAGUUCCACAGAGGGCCACUGUGCUGUAGUGGGUUUAGUAGGACUAGUAUCACUGUGGUGUAGUGGGUUUAGGAGGAUAGCGUUUUAAUCUCACUCAGCCAUUGGGUGACCUUUAGCAAGAGGAACAAAUCUUGCCAAGAAGAUAAUAGUAUAGAAUUGCCAUAAGUCGGAGUCAAUGUGAAGGCACAUUAGAAUGAAUGCUUAGAUGUUUGGCCACAGCUUGUAGCACAAUGUACAUAUAUUUGUCAAAACAACCAACAUUAGCUUUUCCUAAGAAAUACACAGUUUCAUACAUGCAUAUAUUUAGUAUUUGAAUUCUGUAUUACUUCAAUGCUUUUUGCGCGGAACUGCCCUUACUUCACAGGAUCUCCUGAAACGUGGGCCACCGAGACCUAAAUAGAUCUAUUCUGAAGCUGCUGCAUAGAAACAUGGUUUCAAGCACUGGUUUUAACCUAUUAAGUACUAAAUCUUUUUUGAGGCUGCAUUCCCAUAUAACAUACAGUUUAGAGGGAAUGCCUCAAGAGGCAAAUUAUAUAUUUUUAAAGCCAGAACUAAGCAUAAGCAAAUCUAAUCCAUAAACUGCCAUGAUGGGAAAGUAUUGGGAGUCAUGAAUGAAAGAGUUGCAAACCAUCAGUAAGUAAAAUCAGAAUCUACACACAUCAUAAAAUGAGGAAGCUCUGCUUCGGAUUCCAUUCUUUUGCUAUAUCAGAUCCUAUAAGGGAUGCAAUGAUAUUUUGAUCAUGGUUAUCUUAAGGACAACAGCUGUAUGCUUUAAAGAAGCUAAGAUAAGUUAAUUUCAAAAUGCCCAGAGAAGAGGCAAAGACAUUUUUAUUUAGGCAGGAUGUGUUUGUGGGCUAUAUUUUGGAAUUUUAAUGUAUAUUUCUGAUGGGUUAUAUACCAUUUGUUUGUGGAAUAUAAACAUUUAUUUAAUUGGGUUAUAGGCAGUCAAUUAUUCUGCAAAAACAGAAAGGUAAAUUUAAUUUUGUGUACUCAAGCAAUAUUCCCCAGAGGAGUAACUGUUUUAGGUUUGCUUCACCUAAACAAACUAACGACACAAAGAAUUCCAUGACACCUUAAAUACUGACAUGUUGGCUAUUACAUACGUUUUGUAUUGAGCGUGGGAAUAGUAGUCAUAGCAAUCUGCCAAAAUUUGGCUUCUUCAGUCAUAUUUUCUAAUCUCCAAAGGUUUUGGUGUUUUUCCUUUUCCUUUGGAAAAUAGCUUUUAUCAAAUGUCGAGGGAGCACAAAUUGCAAGCUCACAAAGCAAAUAAGGGAGAAAAAGCAGAGUAGAAACUGUACUGAUGAACAGACAUGUACAAAAGAUUUAAAUGAUGGAUGAAACUGCUUUCUCUGUUGAAGUUUCCAGCCAAGGACAAUGAAAAAGCAAAAGUUAAUAUGACACUGUGUAUUAUCAUAUGAAUUUUGACUUCCAGAAAAUGAUUCACUGAAAUGUAGUAGGAUGUAUUAAUCAGUGAUCCCAAGAAAAAUGAAGUAUCAACAAACCUUUGUUUUUUAACCUUUUAGAUUUUAUGUACAUGCUUCUAUCAGACUGUGCCCCACUUAGGCUAGCCUAUGACUGUAAUCAAGAUUUUUAUUUGAUUUUUGAAAUAACCACCUACUUUGUGAGUUCAUUUUGUUAACAAAGAUCUCUGUCUAUAGGUGUAUCAGUAUGCAAUUUGCAUGUGUUUUCUAAUAUUUACAUAGCACCACCAUGCAGCAUAUAUGUUUAUAAAUAGGCAAAGGCUGAAGUUGUAUGAAAUACUGAAUCUGAAAAAAACAGAGUUGUAAGUAUCUGCUUUCAAAGUAUACAUAUAAAAAGAGAUAUUGGAAUCAGAACUGAACAAAAGCCAUAUUACUCACACCUUACAAAGAAUCCAGUAUAAGAAAUAUAAUAUAUGGAAGAACCCGACUAGCAGCCAUCACCCAGAGGGCCUUUUUAUCAGCUGCCCCAAGACUGUGGAAUUACCUGCCGGUAGAGUUCCAAGAGGUGUGUCAGCUGUUGGAAUUUAAGACACAAGUGAAAACCUAUCUCUUUCAGCAGGCCUACCCAGACAGUUGUAAUGACAAAUUUUAACCUUGCAUCUUAUGUUUAAUCUCUGUUUUGUGUAUUUUAAUAUUUAUCUUGUGGAAAUAUGUUUAAAUACGUUUAUUUUAAAGACUGGUUUUAGGUGAAUGUGUGUUUUACAAUGUUGUAACCCGCCUCAAGCCAUGAGGAAAGCCAGGCAAGAAAAUUUUAUUUUAUUAUUAUUAUUAACGUAAGAGAUGUAAGUAGGAAUUUGUGUGUAUGUUCCUUCAGGCCAUCUGUUGACUUGCAUAGCAUUGCCUUAGGAAAGGAAUACUCUAGUGUUUUUCCCAGUUCCCUCCUGCUAUUGGUUGGCGAUCUCUCAUUCAAGUACUAACCAGGGCUGAAUCUGUUUAGAUCAGAUGGCACCUGGUGCUUUUAAGAUGAUUGAAUCAAACCAUCUGCUAGCUGACUACUGGUAUCUGGUCCCACCCAUCAAGCUGGUCACAUGCUCGACUUAGUUUUUGUUGCGAUGGACGGUGAGGUUGGAGUGGAAGAGAAAAACAUCCUUCCGUUGUCAUGGUCCGACCAUCACCUGAUCAGUCUAAGACUUACCGUGUCCCCAAAAAACCUCCGCAGGGGUGGGGGAUCCAUUAAGAUGGUCCGCCCCAGGAGAAUGAUGGAUCCUGAUGGAUUCCUGAGAUCUCUUGGGGAUUCUCCUGUCUUGGGUGCUGACGAUCCUGACGAUGCCUUGGUAGAUCGCUAUAAUAGCGAGAUGUCUAGGGCAAUUGACACGAUCGCUCUUGAACGUCCCCUCUCGUUGCACAGGCUCCCUGGUUCUCGGAGGAGUUGGCGGUGAUGAAAUGCUCGAGAAGGAGACUAGAAUGCAUCUGGCGGAUUACUCGUGACGUAUCUGACCGAGCACGGGCUAGAGCCGCUAUUAGGGCCUAGUCCGCGGCUUUGCGGGCAGCCAGGAAGGCUUUCUCGACUGCCCACAUAGCGUCUGCAACAAAUAGACCAUUGGAGUUGUCCCGGGUUGUCAGGGAGCUCCUCCAUCCUCCCGAGGGGGGAGGGGUACCCAAAGACCCGGCAACUCGGUGCAGCGAGUUCGUGCACUAUUUUGCAGGUAAAGUCACUCAGAUUCGCCUUGAGUUGGAUGCCAGCUUAAAUGCAAUGCCAAACGAGGUAACCAAGGCACCUGUCUGUCCAUAUUUGUGGGAUUUUUUUCAGCCUGUUCACUUGGAUGACGUGGACAAGAUCCUUGGAGCUGUGAGGGUGACCACUUGUGCCAUGGAUCCUUGCCCUUCUUGGCUUAUAAAAUUGGCCAGAGGAGGAUUGGGAGAUUGGUUUGUGAGUAUAAUCAAUGCCUCAUUGGUUCAAGGCAAAUUUCCAUCUGCCCUAAAACAGGCUAUAGUGAGGCCAAUUUUGAAGAAAGCCUCCCUUGAUUUGACCAUCCUAAAUAACUACAGACCAAUCUUGAAUCUUCCUUUUUUGGGCAAGGUCCUGGAGCGGGUGGUUGCUUCUCCGCUCCAGGGGUUCUUGGAUGACACUGAUUUUCUGGAUCCAUCACAAUCCGGCUUUAGACCUGGGCACAGUACCGAGAUGGCUUUGGUCGCCUUGGUGGAUGACCUCUGCAGGGAACUGGACAGGGGGAGUGUGACCCUACUGGUUCUCUUGGACAUCUCAGCGACUUUCGAUACCAUCAACCAUGGUAUCCUUCUGGGACGGCUCUCCGGGAUGGGCCUUGGGGGCACAGUUUUGCAGUGGCUCCAGUCCUUUCUAGAGGGCCGUUCCCAGUUGGUGAAGCUGGGGGAUACCUGCUCGGCCUUUGACCUGUGGACCCCGCAAGGUUCUAUUCUUUCCCCCAUGCUUUUCAACAUCUACAUGAAACCGCUGGGAGAGGUCAUCCGGAGUUUUGGAGUUCGGUGCCAUCUCUAUGCAGAUGACACCCAACGCUACUACUCUUUUCCACUGAAAUCCAAGGAAGCCCCUCGGAUACUGGACCAGUGCUUGGCCGCUGUGAUGGGCUGGAUGAGGGUGAAUAAACUGAAGCUUAAUCCCGACAAGACAGAGGUCCUCCAGGUCAAUCGCAUGUCUGAUUGGGGUAUUGGGUGGCAACCUGUGCUUGACGGGGUCGCACUCCCCCUGAAGGCGCAGGUCCACAGCUUGGGGGUCCUCCUGGACUCAGCGUUGACGCUUGAUGCUCUGGUGUCGGCGGUAGCCGGGAGGGCCUUUGCACAACUAAAACUUAUGUGCCAGCUGUGACCAUACCUCGUGAAGUCUGAUCUGGCUGUGGUGGUCCAUGCCUUAGUUACCUCUAGGUUGGAUUAUUGCAACGCACUCUACGUGGGGCUGCCUUUGAAAAAGGCCUGGAAACUCCAACUAGUUCAGCGGGCGGCAGCCAAGUUCCUAACAGGAGUGAAUUACAGGGAGCAGUCUACUCCCCUGUUUAAGGAGCUCCACUGGCUGCCGUUUAUUUUCCAGACUCAAUUCAAGGUGCAGGUGUUGACCUACAAAGCCCUGAACGAUUUGGGACCCACUUACCUUUCUGACCCCAUCUCCCCCUAUGAACCUGCACGAUCUCUUCGUUCAUCGGGAGAGGCCCUCCUCUGGCUUCCGCCUCCGUCACAAGUGCAGUUGGUGGGGAUGAGGGAGAAGGCCUUCUCCGUGAUGGCCCCCUGGCUCUGGAACGCUCUCCCCAGGGAACUUAGGCAAGCUGCCACCUUGGAAGUGUUCAGGAAGAACCUGAAAACCUGGUUCUUCACACAGGCUUUUGAAUAAGUACCGCCCACUGUACGCUAAACCCUUAUACUAGCAGUUACUUCUGACCAGUUGUACCUGUUGGUUAACUCCUUGGCAUAGCCACAGAGUUCACCCCAGUUUAAGGUUCUCCUCAUGAUUUUAUAGCACCUUAACUUCCUUCAUGUUUACAAGUUUUACUCAGUGCAGUUUGCCCAGUCCAUUGUAUGAUUUUAUUGCUGUGUUUUAUCAUGUGUUUUAUAAUGAUUGUGAUUUUAUUUUAUGCCUUUUAAUUUUAUUUGUGUGUGUGUGUUUUUUUUAUUUGAUACCACUGUAUGCUUGUUUUAUAUCUGUGAGCCGCCCCAAGUCCCUCUGGGGAGAUGGUGGCGGGGUAUAAAAAAAGAUUAUUAUUAUUACUGUAGACACAGUAGCGAAUCAGUUCCUUUUGGGAAGCCCACAUACAGAUCAAGAAGACCAUAGCACCAUCCCACUUGUUGUGUUUCCCAGUAUCGAGGAUGUGGUGCUUCUGAGAGUUAUAUUCCAGUCUUUACCUAAAAUAAAUAUCUUUAAUUCAUUUACUCUUCCCAUAGAGAAUUUAACAUAUAGCCAAAAUGACUGGUAACUACUAAUAGGUUUAUCCUCUAUGAAUUUAUUUCAUUCCACUUUGGUCCACACAAGAUACUGGUCAUCGCUACAUUUUGAAUUAUACUUUUCAUAAUUGUCCAACGUUCCUCAUUAAAAAGUACCAUAUUUCACAACAUAAUAGUCACCCUUUUUUUUGCAAAAAACGGGGGCAACUACUAUGUGCUGUUGACUAUUAUCGUGUGAUAUGCUUCUGAUGGUCUAGUCACGUGGGCAGAUUAUGCUUCACCCGCUGACAUGGCUGUGCCCUCAAAGCUUAGCUCAGAGGAGAGAGGCAGGUGGGUGGGUUCACUGAGCUAUAGAGGUUACAAGGCGCGUGGGAACUCGCCUGACCAUGUCCUCACUUGUCUGCGUAUCUGCCUCCUUUGCAUAAUAGUCACAUCUAUGAACAACUACAAAAUACCAACCCAGUACCAAACCAACACUUGAGCUGGGACGUAUUAUUCCUGCACUUCUCAGUGAAGCACAGGUUACUUUACAAAUUACAGUUACACCAGAAUGAAAGUUUCCUUGCAGUAGUCAUGGUCGUAAUACACCAUGAUUAUUGAAAAGGGGUGUUAAGUACAAGUAGCCAGUUACUUCUAACUACCUAGUGCCAAGAUGGAGCUAUAUAUAAAAAGUACUUAACCCAGUUAAUAGGCAAUUUAUUGUACUCCAAUGUCCAUUCCAUCCCCACCCUGAAAGAAACACCAUGUUCAAAUUGGAAGAGAUAUUUGAAGAAUAAUAGACAAUAGAAUGUUCACAGAUUUAUAACAGUCCUUGAGUGUCUUGAGUUUCAGCCCCUUAGUAGCAGAAAGUGCAAUAAUGAUGUUUUAUGAUAGUCAAACUAUAAAGACAGAACUUCUAAACUAAUCUAAUUUUCAGGCUGUCCACAUGCCAGCACUAUUUCUUGGACAUUUUAUUCCAUUUAAUUCCUUUCAGUAUUUUAAAAUAGAAGGGCAGCUAUGAAGUUAGCUUUUUUCCUGCAUACUUUCUUUAUAUAGAAUUUCCUAACUGUAUUGGAUGUCACUGAUAUUUGGAUCAGAAAAUCCCAUUUCCCUUGGCUUUGGACCAUUUUCUUUUUCCCUCCUUAAAGGAAAAUGUUUUAUAGUUGCAUUUAUGAGGGUAGUCAAACUGUUUGGCAUUCAUUUAAUUUAAUUAAGUAACCUUCCAGACAGUGAUUUUGAUUGCAUUUUGCAAUGUAAAUAGAAACAAAUUUAGCUGGUCUUAAUUUCUCUCUGUAUUGUACUACUUAAUCAAUUUGUACAUUAGUCAAAUCUCGGAGCAGAUUUACUGCAUAAAAUCAAGGACUGCAAAUAGUAAUUCUUUUGGAAGCAGAUUCCCUUGAAAUUGCCAUGAAUGAAGGAGGCUAAUUCUGUUUGGAAUAAUACUCUGGUAAUUUCUGCAAUUAAAUUCUGUUUGAGACAUUGAAAGCUAGACCCAGAUUUCUGAUUGCUGGAUGCCUUGAACAGAGGGAAGUUACUGAAAAUUAGGUGCUGUUUUCCAUGCAUUCACCCUCUUAUAUUGUAGCCUAUAUCCAUUGUAUCCUCAGCCCUUCAUCCUCAGACUUCCUGGCAAAUGGUCAAUUUCAGCUCAAACUACUGGAAGACAUCAGUUUUCGUACCACACCCUUGGUUUUUUCAACAUUACAUGUUGGCAUUCUAUAGCCUUUUGUAACAUUCUGCCAACCCCAUACUUUAGACUAGGCCAAAAUGCAAUAUUGUGUGAUGUUAACAUCAGGAUUCCCAAUGCAACUCCCUCCCUGAGCCAAAAAUGUUUGCCAGUGGGUUUUCCUGCCCUCUGGAAAAGGUUUUAGGAUGCACUGAAGACUGUAAUUGGGAACAGGGCUGGGAAAACAUUUAAAAAUGAUCUUAUUUUUAAAGCUUGAACUGCAGUAUGCUUGAAUUAAGACAACCACUUUGAAAUACAAUUAUAAUUCACAUUCCUGGAAAUGCAGUCUGCCCUCUACAUUCACUGGAAUUAGGAACACAAAGAUCCUCAUGAAAUUGAAAAACAAUGAGUUAAGAAAUCAGUAUUUUUUUACCUGAGAGAUCACCGUUCUAGGAAUUUCUAGGUUUCCCAGUAUGACUUGGUGAUCAACUUCCACUAGAAGCUGAUCAUAGAAUUGCACUGGAGGAGCAAAAGAUGUCUGGAGAGAUGUUUUCUCUAUAAAUCUUUAGGUACUCCAGCAUGACUAGAGGAAUUUGACCAUAAAGUCACACUGGAGGCUCUAGAAAUUCCUAGAGAGAUUUUAAUCAGUUCUGUGAAUAAUCAAAUCCGCAAAAGUAAAAAAAAAAAGUCAAAAGGGAUCACUGUACUCUUGGGCAAGGAUAGAUAUCUUUCCCUUCACACAAGAUGAUUUUUUACAUAUGAAAAAGAUUUCAGACAUCACAUCCUGAUCAAUCAUUAAUAUGUAUUAACUGGAGAACAUAUUCUCACAAUGUCUCUGCCUGUUGUCUGUACCCACCCUAUAUUGCAACGAAACAGACAUUUGUUUUCAUUGUGCAAAAACAUCAAUGGUCUUUGAUAAAGCCCUUUCUUUCAAUACUUUAUCAGAUUACUCUAGAUCAGGUGUUCUCAAACUGUGCUCUGCACAGCCCUUGGGGCUCCUUAGGUGAUAAUGAGGGGCUGCUCCACAGUGCCAUGCUGCUUCCUGCCUCCUCCUCUUUCCUCCUCCUGAGAAAUGCAGAGAAAUUAAAGCUCAGGGAGUGCUUUGAUUGUGUUUUUCCUCCAUGGCAAAAGGGAGUUGGACUGUAUGGCCUCUGGGGUUUCUGUGGUUGUUGUUGUUGUUGUUGAUUAUUAUUAUUAUUAUUAUUAUUAUUAUUAUUAUUAUUAUUAUUAUUAUUAUUACAAAGGCUGUUUGGCUAUUUGAUUGUGCUCUUCCUGCAUGGCAAAACGUGGUUGGACUGGAUGACCCCAGGAGUUUCCCACUGAAAUAUUGUUAAGCUUGUGAUGGUUAAAAUUGUUCUUCAUUUUAAAUUUUCUUUCUUUCUUUCUUUCUUUCUUUCUUUCUUUCUUUCUUUCUUUCUUUCUUUCAUCACUAUGAAUUAGUUCAUACAGACACUCUCCAUCUGUCACUGGCCUGGCCCAUUUAUUGGGGCUCCACAAGAAACCUUUGCUUCAAAAAGGGCUCAGUGAUUGAAAAAGUUUGAGAACCCCCUUCUCUAGACACAAACAUAAGUAUCCCCAUAAAAUAUUUCUCCAUCAUUGAAAUUCAGUUGAUAGGAUAUAUGCCAGUGUGUGAUUUGACAGGAGGUGUCUCUGUUUCCUGGACAAACAGUAAAACAGUGCAUUCAUGAACUGCCUUAGUAUUCCAUAACCUUCAAAUAAAGGGGGAAAGUUGUUCCAGAAGUCCUUGCUUUAAAAGAGAACCAUUUGAGAGAUAUUAAAUGGAAAUAGCUGCUGUUCUUAUAUUUUCAAAAGUACUCUUCUAAAAAAUAUUUUAUAUACUAACAGUGAACGGAUUCACCAUUUGGGAACAUAUAACCAAAAGGGCAUAGCAAUAGGGAUGUGUUAGCAGGCUUGGAGAAAUCCCAAGAUUUUAUGAACCACAAGAGAUAUUUAGAAGGGGAUGCACUAAUAAAAGGUAUAUACUCAACAGCCCAGCAUUGCAUAGUAGAUGCCAAAUAUAUAGAGGGAACCAUGGAAGAGGAAUGGAAUGAGAUGGAAUAGAGUAUCUGUCGAGACACAGAGGCCUUAAAGAGCCACACACACUUUUGAAGUCCAACAAAAGGUUUAUUAUAAAGCAAUAAUACGCUCAGAGACACUUUAAUUCAGUGUCUCUGGUCAAAACUUAAAGAGUUCACCCAAACUGGGCCUCAAAAAGCAACCGGAAAAUAACCCGGAUUAAACAGAAAGUAAAUCCGGAUUAAAUGGAAAGAAAACCCGGAUUAAAACUCAGUCAAAAUAAACAGGAAGCAAAAUGCGCUGUAACAAAGGGUUCCAAUAGAUAGCGCUGUAUCCAAAGAGUUAGUUGCAAACAAAUCCAGCCGAAGUCCCAAAGUCGCCGUAAAGGCAGUCUGAACAAACGCCGUUUCCCAAGUGGCCAAACAGAGCCAUAGUCGAACUAAUCCAAGGCUCCAGGAAGGGAGAAAGCCACACUCACAAUAAGCCAGUCCAAACGUUGUCUCAAAGAUAGUCAAACAGAGCCGUAGUCAAAUUAAUCCAAGGGUCCAGGAAGGGAGAAAGUCAUAUUCAUGAUAAGCCAGUCCAAACGUCGUCUCAAAGAUAGUCAAACAGAGCCGUUGUUGAAUCAAUCCAAGAGUCCAGGAAGGGAGAAAGCCGCACUCACAUUAAGCCAGUCCAAACAUUGAGGAUUCCCAGGUAACAGAACUCCAAGCUGCAGAACCCGAACCCAAAACCCAACACGAGAACAGGCAAGGACAAAAUACACACAAUACGUAACCGACACUUUGCCUUCUGCAAAGAUUCCUCAUUCCAGAGCCCAGUUUUAAUUUACACAUCAUUAUCCUAUGAUGAGCUGGCCUCCACCCCAUCAUCAUCUCUAGCAGCCACACCCAAACCCCUGUUUCCAUCUCUCCAGUUUCUCCAUCUUCUGUCAAGACUUAGGUUUCCCCAUGACUCGGAUGUAUCUCCCAUUUGCCAAUCCCCAUGUCCCGUAUCGCCAGAAACUGGUUCCUGCACAUAUGUUCCCAAUCUCUUGAACCCUAGUCCAAUCCAUUGUGUUCUCCCCAUCCUCCUCACUCCCAGACCCAUCACUUCCAGAGAAACGCAUAAAUGAUUCAUCAUCUGUGGGAGCAGUAAAUAUAUCCCGGAUCUUCUUCCUCUCCCAUUCUUCAUCCGAUUCCUGCUCCCAAGUAACCUUCUUUGUGCCUCUAUUCCCAUCCACCACAUUUCUUUCCAUACUCAUUGACUCCUCACCACUUGAAAACCUUUCAAAUGUAUCCUCAUCAGUAGGCGCCAUAAGUAUAUCCCGGAUCCGUUCCCUUUGCUGUUCCUCAUCUAACACCUGCUCGCGAUUACCCCUUGUUCUCCUACUGGUACCUCUACUACUACUUGCAACAUUGCAUACUGACUGGACUACAACAGUAUCCUUGAAGAGAGUGCAGAAAGGUGAACAGGAUUGUGUCUUUUCUUAAAGGACACACUUCUCAUAUUCUAAAUAUCCAAGCAGAUUGAUUUCUUCUGUAGUUUUCUCUACUGUUUCUGUGUUGAUUGCUAUUUUAUAACUUUUUUUACUUUUAACUACACUUGAAAAUUGAAAUGUCAUGUUAAAAUAAUAAUGUUGUAUGUGUUUUUAAUUAUUAGUUGUUGAUAAUAUUAACUAACUUAAUGGUGGUAGAAUUGUGGAUAAGGAAGCCUACUGUGGUGUUUAUAUCUUAACUAUUCAUUUUAUGGGCUGUUUCCUAAUAGAAAAAGUUGGUGAUUGAUUGUAAAUAUUGACAGUAAACUUGAUACGCAUAGAUACCAUUAAAGACAGGCUUGUUUUGCUGCUAUUAGUCCUUGAACCAUAGAGUUACUUUGGCUAAGGCUGUAACCUAAAUUCAUUUUCUGGUGUUUUGUACAGCACUAAGCCAUAGGUAACAUUGCUUUUCAGACAUGGGCUUUUACUCAAAAGCACAGCUCUGAUGCACACAACAAUUACACACCCGCUGUGAGGACAGUAACAGAGACAGUGGGUUAUCUUACGAGUAUAUCGAUGUCUGCUUUGGAUCAUAUCCUUAGUGAAGUAUGUGCUAGCUAUAAUCCUAACAAUAGCAUUUGUGAUUUCACAUAUUUCAAUGACUUCAUCCAAAUUUGGAUCUCUAAGGAAAGCCAGUUUACAUCCAUGGGAGAUCGGUUAAUAUAUAUAUUUACAACCUAUAUGUACAUCUCCCUCAUGUUAACAUUACAAUCAUUAUAGCUUUGAUUGUUCAAGAAUUUCAUUGUGUUCAAAUGUUUAACUUGAUUUGCAUUUUCUAGAAUAAUACAUCAAUGGAAAUUAUUCAGUCUCCCCUCCCCCCUCCAAUCACUUUAAUAUUAGUUUACUAUCUUAGGUGGAAAAAAUGCUUUAGGUUAAAGCAUUUGAAGAAAUGUGUAGUUUGCUAAAAAAAAAAAAAAACAAUAAAGUCCUACAAACUUCCAUGCAUUUAAAAUAAUUCACUGAUUGAUGCUGAAAUGAGGCAGAAAGAAAUGACGAUAGAACACCUGUAAAACCAAUGGACUAGAAAUAGACUGCUCUGUCUGUCCUGUGUUAUGACCAGUUCCAGUUCCUAUAGUUAAUAUAUUUACUGCUUGGAAGUGAGAUUGGAAAUUGUCAAGUAGAAAUUCAAAAUGUUCAGUAGUGUAUAAUGCAUUGCUACUUUUCUUCCUUCAUAAAAUAUACAGACACUUCAUUUUUAGCCUUCUGCUUUUAAUUCCCAUAAUCCAUCACCAUCCUGUCAUGGCUUAGGGCCAGUGGAAAUGAUAGGCAAAAAAAUCAUGUGGAGAUCCCUAGUUUCCCAUCUGUGAUUUAAAUCUUAGUUUAUGAAUUGGUAUACCUCACAAGCAAGUUGAUAUGCCCCUAGGCAUUGCCUCCUUAACAGGAAAUUUGUUGCCCAACAGAAAAAUCAGAAUAAAGGUAGGUUCCUGCAAUGCGAGAAAAUGAGAAGUUUAACGUGUUUCAAUAAGUAUUUUAACUAACAAUAUCCAUAUGUGGGAUGCAACAUGCAAGAUAGAUAAGCCUUCCAGAAGUUAAAAAAACAACACAGUAAACUUUUGUAUGCUUCACCCAUACACACACUAUCAUAUCAUUGUAGCAACCUAAAGCUUUGAAUGCAGUUUUUGAAGGCUUUUAUUGAAGGACUGAAUCACAGAAAACAUGAAUGCGAAGAGUUAACUAGUAUCUUACUGAACUAGUACUGGGCUUUGGGAAUUUCCCCACAGCCAUUUCCUCUGUGUAUGUCUCCCCUUUUUAAUUCCAGGAAACUUAUUAACAACUUUGACAAUUAAUCUCCUGUUGCUAGGGAUAGGGAGCUGAUUCAUCACUAUACUUUGAGCCUGGUGGGUGGUCUGGUACCAUUGGGACCUUUCUCUUCCACUGAGUAGUCAAUGGGAAGGAGCCCACUCCACAUUAUAUGAGCCUAAAACUCUUUGUAAAAAAAUAGCUACAUUCUCUGAGACUUCAUUAACUGGGGUAUGUACUGUAUGUAUCCUGCUCUUCCAUGAAUCAUGCUGAAGAGUUCUAGUCCAACACUCAAGCCACAAUAUCAUGUUGUGUCCCAGUUUAACGUACAGUCUAACACAGGGGUGGCCAACGUAGGCAACUCUGGAGGCCCUCAAAGAGCCUUGUGAGCUGCCAGAAAUGCACCAAAAAUGAGAGGGAAUUAGAAGCAUUCAAGAAUCCACUUCUCAUUUUUCUCUGCAUUGUGUUGCAUUUUGAAAAUCAUUCUCCUCAGGUAACCUGUUGAACAAUUUGUGGUAGCUAACAUACAGUAAAGUCUCACUUAUCCAAGCUAAACGGGCCGUCAGAACCUUGGAUAAGCGAAUAUCUUGGAUAAUAAGGAAGGAUUAAGGAAAAGCCUAAUAAACAUCAAAUUAGGUUAUGAUUUUACAAAUUAAGCACCAAAACAUCAUGUUAUACAACAAUAUUGACAGAAAAAGUAGUUCAAUACGCGGUAUUGUUAUGUUGUAAUUACUGUAUUUACGAAUUUAGCAUGAAAAUAUCAUAAUAUAUUGAAAUCAUUGACUACAAAAAUGCCUUGGAUAAUCCAGAACCUUGGAUAAGCGAGUCUUGGAUAAGUGAGACUCUACUGUACUUUGAUUUAAAACAAUUGGAAUUGGAUAUUCUAACCCAUAUUAAUUGGGCUCCAAAAAGAGCUCUGUAUUUCUUUGUCAUCCAGUUCUAGUAAGAACGUAAUUGUUUCCACUUCUAACUCAUUUCUGAGAGUUGGACAUGAAUGUAACUUUGUCAUGUGGUGGAAAGUGUACAGGAUCUGGUGAUUCCAAGUGUGUCAAGCAACGCCCUUUUCCAGGAAACACCACCCACUAUUGUUUCUGAGCUUGUGUGCACUUUAGGUAAUUUAAUUAGAAAAUUGUGCUGUAAAACAGAAAUACUGCAGGAUAAGCAAGUAUGCAAGAUUUUAAAAGAAAUUCUACAUUAGAAUGGGUAUGAUUUAUCACAAUAAGAAGGGGACACCUGGGUCUGUUUUUCAUAUUUGAGUGUCACUGCAGGGAGAAAUAAAAGCUCAUAAACAAUGUACAUAUAGAAUUGUUGGGCCGGGGAUGUUGCAGCGCUUCACAUAUUAGUAGAUUGUAAGUCUUAGCAGCCCUAGGCAUCAUGGCCAUUAAUGAGGAAUGCUGAAAAAGCCGAGUCUAACAACAUCUCAAAACUUACAUUAUUUUAACCUCUACUCUAGAAGAUUAAGAAUCUUUCAAAAGCUUGUAACAUAAAGGAAUAACUACUGCAAUACAUUGUAUGUGGUACUGACAAACAGGCUGGCAUACUUUUUCAUCUUUUAAACAGGGAACCUAAUGUGUUGUGUUCAGAAUGCUAUGAUCUCAUCUGAGAUGAUGAAAAUUAAAAGCAAAUGAAAUCAUAAUCAUUCACUCACUGAGAUCUAAGAGAAAAGAGAUUAUACGGAAAGAACAACUUUAAUUCUCCAUAAACAUGUUCAAACAAGACUUCGAAGAAUAUUAAAAACUGAAGGCUGACCCACACCCUCCAAAACAUCUGCCAGGGCCAAUGAAUACAUGAUUUUGUCACUCAUGAAUCAUUUUAUGCUAUCUGUUUUUAUGCUUAUGUAUAUAGUGGUUGCUAUUGAGUAAUAUAAAUUAGAGUAUGUUUACAAAAGCACUAUAAGGUUAAAAAAAACUUUACUAGUGGAAUUAUUAAUCUUACUGAAGGUGGGUCAUGUUAAGGUUUGAUUCUAAGCAGCAAAGUCUAGUUUUUAUUCUUCUCAUCCCAAAGGAGAAAGAAGAAGCAAAACCUCUUUCUUGAGAGACAAAUUGAGACAUCUUAAUUCUAAAGUUAGAAUCAGGUUAUUGGAUUUAGGAUUGCUGGCUUAUCUGAAAUUAAGCAAACUAAAAGAGAUAGAAAGAGUUGUUUUCAAUGUACCUGUAAAGCUUAUGCAAAAACAUACAAGAUGACAGUAGUACACUAGCAUUUCUAUCGGUCUUGGAAGAAUAACUAGCCAAAGCAGACCCUAGCAAAAUAAAAUUGUACAGAGUGGUGCAGUUCUUUGUGCAAGAUGAAUUACAGUUAAAGAUUGAUCUUAUUUCAACUCUCUGUCACUGUUGGAAAUUUACAAUUGAAGUAUCCAUGAUUGAUGACUAUUCAAGCCUUUGCUUAAAAACCUCCUAGUUGUGUUGGAUCUCAAUUUCUUGUUUUUUUCCUGGAUUUCCUAAUGGCUUCACCAUAUCUUUUACAAAUCAAGUUUGGUCUAAAAAAAAAAAUCAUGAUAGCACAGUUACUGUCUGAAUUGGAUAACAUGGUUUCACUUACCCACACACCAAAAAUAUUCCCUACCCUGAUAGUGUUUGUGGCACUCUCUAGGACAGUGAUUCUCAACCUGUGGGUCCCCAGACAGCUGGUAAACUGGCUGGGGUUUCUGGGAGUUGUAGGCCAAAACACAUGGGGACCCACAGGUUGAGAAUCACUGCUCUAGGGUAUCCAAUGCUAUGAUAUGCUUUGGGCCCAACUAUAAUAAAAAUAUAGAGUUUGCUAUUAUCCAUAAUUUCAGCUAUCCACGGGGGGGGGGGGGGGGGGUCUUGUCACACAGUUAAUGUGAAGGUCAUAGUGCAAUGGUUCUUAACCUGUGAGUCCCCAGAUGUUUUGGCUCAACUUACAGAAGUUGGCCAAAACUGUCAAGAGUCAGACGCCAAUUAACGAACAAAACAGAGUUUAUUCAGGAGAUAAGCCAAAAAGUAAACAUAAACAUAGAAGAUAUCUUGAAACACUUCACUAUCAGUGUUUCAAGAGCAGUCGGAACAAAAAUAUAACUCAAAAGUAUGUCUUAACAAGCCAAGCUAUUUAUCCACGCAGGCAUUCAAAUAAAACUAAAAAGACGCUUCAGUUCAGCUUAGAAAACAAAUUGAGUUGACUACUAAAAAAUAGGCAAUAUAAACAAGAACUUGAAACCUUCCAAAAGCUGCAAUGAGUAGCUGAAAUCCGGAACUCCAAGCAGGAAAAACAAAGCUAAACAAACUUAGUGCAAAAGGCACUUUUUGGGUCCAAGCCCUUUCUGUAGCAGCCAGCCGGCUCUGUGGAUUUAAAGGAACAGUUCCCAAAAGAAAACACCAAACUGGUCUGAAAACAAACAAACUAGAAAUGCAGUAAACUGCUUCCACGGUGCAGAUAAAGCCAAGAGCUCCAAGAGGAGGGUGAAGAGACGUUGUCAGGAGGAUCCAAGGUCAGGUCAGGAGACAGCAGCAGAGUCCGGAGGGCAAGCCAGGAGUCAAAACCAAGAGUAGUCAUCAAUCAAAAGCGAAAACAGAAGCAAGGUCAAAUUCUAAUCCAGGGUCCAAAGAGAGUGCAGUCAUAGAAUCAUAGAAUCAUAGAAUAGUAGAGUUGGAAGAGACCACAUGGGCCAUCUAGUCCAACCCCCUGCUAAGAAGCAGGAAAUCGCAUUCAAAGCACCCCCGACAGAUGGCCAUCCAGCCUCUGCUUAAAAGCCUCCAAGGAAGGAGCCUCCACCACGGCCCCGGGGAGAGAGUUCCACUGUCGAACGGCUCUCACAGUGAGGAAGUUCUUCCUGAUGUUCAGGUGGAAUCUCCUUUCCUGUAGUUUGAAGCCAUUGUUCCGUGUCCUAGUCUGCAGGGCAGCAGAAAACAAGCUUGCUCCCUCUUCCCUAUGACUUCCCUUCACAUAUUUGUACAUGGCUAUCAUGUCUCCUCUCAGCCUUCUCUUCUGCAGGCUAAACAUGCCCAGCUCUUUAAGCCGCUCCUCAUAGGGCUUGUUCUCCAGACCCUUAAUCAUUUUAGUCGCCCUCCUCUGGACGCUUUCCAGCUUGUCAACAUCUCCCUUCAACUGUGGUGCCCAAAAUUGUACACAGUAUUCCAGGUGUGGUCUGACCAAGGCAGAAUAGAGGGGGAGCAUAACUUCCCUGGAUCUAGACGCUAUUCCCCUAUUGAUGCAGGCCAGAAUCCCAUUGGCUUUUUUAGCAGCCGCAUCACAUUGUUGGCUCAUGUUUAACUUGUUGUCCACGAGGACUCCAAGGUCUUUUUCGCACACACUGCUGUCAAGCCAGGCGUCCCCCAUUCUGUAUCUUUGAUUUCCAUUUUUUCUGCCGAAGUGAAGUAUCUUGCAUUUGUCCCUGUUGAACUUCAUUUUGUUAGUUUUGGCCCAUCUCUCUAGUCUGUCAAGAUCGUUUUGAAUUCUGCUCCUGUCUUCUGGAGUGUUAGCUAUCCCUCCCAGUUUUGUGUCGUCUGCAAACUUGAUGAUCGUGCCUUCUAACCCUUCGUCUAAGUCGUUAAUAAAGAUGUUGAACAGAACCGGGCCCAGGACGGAGCCCUGCGGCACUCCACUUGUCACUUCUUUCCAUGAUGAAGACGACGCAUUGGUGAGCACCCUUUGGGUUCGUUCGCUUAGCCAAUUACAGAUCCACCUAACCGUAGUUUUGUCUAGCCCACAUUUUACUAGUUUGUUUGCCAGAAGGUCGUGGGGGACUUUGUCGAAGGCCUUACUGAAAUCCAGGUAGGCUACAUCCACAGCAUUCCCUGUAUCGACCCAACUCGUAACUCUAUCGAAAAAAGAGAUCAGAUUAGUCUGGCAUGACUUGUUUUUGGUAAAUCCGUGUUGACUAUUAGCAAUGACCGCAUUUGUUUCUAAGUGUUCGCAGACCACUUCCUUAAUGAUCUUUUCGAGAAUUUUGCCUGGUAUUGAUGUGAGGCUGACCGGACGGUAAUUGUUUGGGUCGUUCUUUUUUCCCUUCUUGAAGAUAGGGACCACAUUCGCCCUCCUCCAAUCUGCUGGGACUUCUCCCGUUCUCCAAGAACUCUCGAAGAUAAUUGCCAGUGGUUCUGAAAUAACUUCCGCUAGUUCCUUCAGUACUCUUGGGUGUAGCUGAUCUGGCCCUGGGGACUUGAAUUCGUUUAGAGAGGCCAAGUGUUCCUGGAAAACUUGUUUCCCUAUUUGGGGUUGGAUUUCCCCCAAUCCUUCGUCCAUUCCGUGUUGCUGAGGUUGAAGAUGGCUUUCUUUUUCUGAGAAGACCGAGGCAAAGAAGGCAUUAAGUAGUUCUGCCUUUUCCCUGUCCCCUGUCGCCAUCACCCCAUCUUCUCCUUGCAAUGGCCCUAUCGCCUCCUUUUUCUUCCUUUUUCUACCAACGUAAGCAAAAAAGCCUUUUUUGUUGUUUUUUAUGUCCCUGGCAAGCCUGAGCUCAUUUUGCGCUUUAGCCUUGCGAACCUUUUCCCUACAGGUGUUGGCUAUACGUUUGAAUUCUUCUUUGGUGAUUUCUCCCCUUUUCCACUUCUUGUGCAUGUCACUUUUGAGCUUUAGCUCAGUUAGAAGUUCUUUGGACAUCCAUUCUGGCUUCUUUGCACUUGUCUUAUUUUUCUUCUUUGUUGGCACUGUUUGCAUUUGCGCCUUGAGUAUUUCACUUUUGAAAAACUCCCAUCCAUCCUUAACUCCCUUGUUUUUUAAUAUCGGCGUCCACGGAAUGCUGCUCAGUAAUUCCUUCAUUUUUUGGAAGUCAGCUCUCUUAAAGUCCAGAAUGCGUGUUUGACUUGUCUUAGUUUCAGCAUUCCUUUGUAUUGCAAACUGCAGGAGCACAUGGUCACUUGCCCCUAAGGAUCCAACCACUUCAACUGUAUUGAUCAGGUCUUCCACAUUUGUUAAGAUUAGAUCAAGAGUUGCUGAUCCCCUUGUUGAUGAUGUUGUCAUCAAAACCAGGUCCGCGAAAAGGCACAAAGAGCCAAGCAACGAUGGUAACAGCAGCUAGAAAUAGUAAUCAGAGUGCAGUCCAGGGAAACCCACACAGUUCCAGCCCUCCGUUGCAGAGCAAUCCCAGAUAACUUACAUCAGAAGCACAGUCCCAGUCCAGUCUUCAUGAAUGCACAGAAAUCCCAAUGGCGCCUCAGCAACACCUUGCCACAUGCAAAGUGAAAUGGCCAAACAUUCCCAUUUUAUUCCCCUUCCUCUUGGGUGACCAAACACUCACACCCAAACAACAGGUGUCCCAGAUCUUACUCAGAGUCCGAACUCCACACAGCUAGGGCUCGUGGAUCAGGAGUGCCUAAUAGUUCGUCGGAGUCCCAAUCAUCCUGGCCAUACUUAGCCCCAUGAACACUUAAAGAACCAUCCUCCCUUCUCCAAGCAUCCCAAGUGGGAUCUGCUCCUGCACACACCCCAGGUUCAGUAGUAUCCAUAGGCCCCAAAUCCCCAGACAUCUCCGGUGGCUGUGCCCAUUCAGUGCCCACUUCCCCAGCCACCACCUGUUCCCCAGCAUCCAUUUCUUCCCCAAACUCCCCAUCUGAAUCUUUCUCAGAAGAUUCCCCAUUGAGCUCUCUAAUCCGUUUCCUGCGCAACUCCUCCAAUGAACCCUCAUCACGAGGGUUUUUCCUUCCUCUUCUAAUCCCAUCACCAUCAACCAUAAUCCCCGAAGGCGCAGUCACAACAAAAACACCUGGGGACCCACAGGUUGAGAACUACUGUCAUAGUGUAUGUUGUGCAUUUUUUUAAAAAUAAUAAUAUAUUUGUUUGACUUGAUUUGAUUGAUUUCCCACUUUUCUCUCAAUUAGGACUCAAGGCAGCUUGCAAUAUGAGAAUUUUGAGACCUAGGGCCCUUUCACACUAUUCAGUUAUAGCACUAUGAUUCUGGUUAACUGUAAUUGCUGCAUCUUGUCGAAUCCUGGACUUUGCCAUUUGAUGGGUUAUUAGGGCACAACUAGAGGAUUCCAAAUACAGUAGAGUCUCACUUAUCCAACACUCGCUUAUCCAACGUUCUGGAUUAUCCAACGCAUUUUUGUAGUCAAUGUUUUCAAUAUAUCGUGAUAUUUUGGUGCUAAAUUCAUAAAUACAGUAAUUACUACAUAGCA